UUGCCCUGUUACUCCGUGUUCUUUAUAGAAUCGCAGGGUUCCAGGGAGAGCCAGCAUUCACAUCCUUACUGGGGCAUAGUCUGAGCACCCGCUGGGCACUGCCAACAUGCUUUGGGCAGCCAAUCAGUUUAUCAGGAAGUUCUCCACCGCUUCGGUGAGUACCUACCUGACACACACAGGAAUAAUGCGAUUACCCAGGAUGUCAUUGGCAUGCAUUGUGAAAGGGCCACACUAACCUGCUUUCUAUCUACAGAACUGGGCUCCCUGGGAGCAUUGAACGUGGGAACCACGAUACUGUAUUUUAUAUUCAGCAGUGAAAUGGUUAAAGAUCAGGGCCGGACUGCAACUCCCAUGACCAAUUACUAUGGGAGUUGUAGUCAUCCUACAGUGUAGACACAAUGCCAUGCACUAGUACACCCUCCCCCCCCCCACCCCCAGACAGGGAAUACAUUCACUGCUGUUGACAUUAAAGUGACCCCUAUAAUAAAAGUCAUCAAACACCAUAUACACGGUGCAUCGUUAGCAAUGGCAAUGUAGAAUUCAACAGACCGAGCCAAUCUCAUCUUUUGGUUUUAUACGUAAAUCACAUAUACAAUGUUAUUGCAUGCUCUGCACGUAAAGCAGGCUAUUCUAUGGGCUGGCAGCCUGCCAGGAUCUCAGAGCAGCUUUGCCUUGUAACCAUAGCUACUGCCAAAUUCAUACAAUAGGCUUUCCUCCAAAUUUGGAGUUACAUCAGCAGCAGACAUGGGGUGCACAUGGGAUCCAAUGGGCAUAGCUUUGUCCAUUGGAUCCCAGAGAUUAUUCCCACAAGCACUUUGUUUUGUCUCUGGAGCACAUGUUGGAUAAAAGUGAUUCCUUAAAAAUAAAUGUAGUGCUAUCAUUCAAGACUAUUUAGGCCCAUUUUGGAGAAUUGAAGACUUGCAACAUUGGGCCCCUCUUCUGCCUGCUUCUGUAUGGGAAAUUUAGGUAACCAAUCUGAAUUGGAAAAUUCUUAAUUCAGCUAUUCUUUUGAUUUUAGCUAUUGUAACCUUCUUUCUAAACAAUUCACUUUUGGUAAAUAACCCUGUUAGAAUGUUGGCUAAUAUCAAGGUGUUUUCAGCAAGGGACGUCCAACAUAUUUUGGUUUUGCUUCCUGGAAAAUAAAUGCUUAAAAAUCAUUACAGAAAACCUACAGACAGAAUUACUGACAGCCACUAGAGGCGCUUCUGGGAAACAGUGAAAAUAAAAUUGCACUAUUUCUAUCAGAUUGUUUUAUGGAAAAGCCAGAAGUUGUCAAAAGGCAGAGGAUUGCCUUCAACUUUUGUCCAAUCCAAGUACUCAUCACAAGUGAUAACUGUGGGAUUCAGUCAUCGUCUCACUUAUCAAAGCAAGAUGUGAUAUGUGGAGGCUCCAAUUGUUUAGCAGGAUCCUCCGUAGACCUCAGUGUUGUACUUUCGUGCAUGCGCAAGAGUACAGCACUGGCGAGACUCCUGGCAAGGUGAACCGUCAGGAGCUAAAAAGGAUCUCCCAGAAGAAGAUGCCGGCAGCCGUGUGGAAUAUCUUUAGAUAUUUUCCACCCUGUUGCCACUGGAACCUAAUCAGAGAUGUCUCUUACUGGGGUCCUUGCAAAAAAUAUGCACCCCCCCCACCUAAAGUGUCAGCUCCACUUUAAAAUGCGCAUGUGCGAGCAUGUGACAUAAAAGGUUUGAGAGUUGUUUAGACAUCUCUACCUGAACAAAUUUAUAUAUAUGUGUGUGUGUGUGUAUAUAUAUAUAUAUAUAUAUAUAUAUAUAUAUAUAUAUAUAAUCAUAUGCAUUGGCACGUGCACACAUGUCUAAGAUGCUUCUUUUCAAACUCACAACCUCUUUUGUCAAUGUUCUACUUGUGCCACUACCAUUCGACUAUUCUCUUUAUAAUUCCUUCGGCCAUAUAAUUCCUUUACCUAAUUUUUAAGGUAAAUAAUGCUUUUUUUAUAGAUAAGUAAUUACUAUUUAGAGUGUUAAAAUGAUAAGCUGUUUCUCUACUUUAAAAUUCUAUUGUUCAUGUAACGUAAUCUCUGGGUUGGCUGAUGGUCAGGUUUUCAGAACUGCCACGUUGUGACGAAAGAAUCCUUCUCUCUAGCUAUUGAAAGUACAGUUCACACUAGAGGCACUGGAUUAGUGUGUGUUGAUAUCUUUAAGAGGAUAUUCUAUAAACAUUUAAAAAUUGCUACUUUUUAAAAUGUUUUUAUAUAUUGCAUCAGGAUAGAUUAGUAGAAUUAAAAUGAGACACAAUAUAUAAGAAACAUGCUUACCCAUCAUACUAUUUCAUACCUGACAAUUGUCCCUAUUUACAAGGGACAGUCCCUAAUUUUGUCUCAAAUCGCUCUGUCUCAAUUUUCUGUCAGUAGGUCCAUCUUAUCGAAGAGCUCCAUAUUGUUGGUGUGUCUGAUUGCAUAACAGAGCUCCACAGCAGUAAUACUCACAGUUAUGUGUCUUUAAACUGCAAUAAAUGUGUUUAGAAAUUAGUCUGUGCAAGUAAUAUACAUUGUUCAUGUUCUAAAUUACAUUUUAGUUGCACAAAUUAUUAAUAAUCAAUCACUAUCACAAAUCAAAUUUCUCAGAACAGCCCUGCCCCUGGCAACACCCCUAAAAUGAAAGUGUCCCUCUUUAUCCAUCUGAAACAUUGGGAGGUCUACUAUUUUGUUUCUUUCUAUAAGUGAUAGAACCGUUGGACGUUCAAGUUUUUUUUUUUUUAAACCUUAGUAAUGCCAACUGGUGUCAUAUUUACUUUGCAGAAAGCAGUAACAAUUUGUUGUCGGUAUGGAAUGAUUUGCAAGAGUGAUCUGAUGUGCUAUCAAAUGCGUAUCAAAUGUGUAAAUAAGCGGAAAAUAACUUUCUACACAGAAUGUGCAGCCUGUUAGAUGCUAAUUAUCAACCAAAGUUAAAACUUCUUACUCGGGGGUUUUGAUAUAACGUAUCAUGCUGGGUGUCGAUGGCAUUUUGAUGCAACAGACAUUUUGUUGUGUUGUCGUAUAAUAGUCUUUGGAGAAUACUUUCUUAUUAUUUUCAGUAGCAUAUGAAGCAGAUACAGCAGUUGGCGUAUCUUUUACACGUUGCAUGACUCGUGAUCAUAGAAAGCUCAUUGGAUCUUACAUGUCACUCCCAGCAGUACUUUGCUUAUCUAUUUACAUAAAUUCCAAAGGCAGCCUUCCAAAUCUGAGUGUUUAGUAACUCGCACUGUGUCAUUGUCCUCAUGGAAUUGGAAUAAAACAAUCAUCUUUAAACAAGCAGUUUUAUUUUCUUUUAAAACUUAGCUUAACCCCUUAAGGACCAAACUUCUGGAAUAAAAGGGAAUCAUGACAUGUCACACAUGAGGACGUCCAGCGACGCUCUAGCACAGGUUUCCUGUGCUAGGGACACGGAAGUGCCCUCUAGUGGCUGUCUAGUAGACAGCCACUAGAGGUGGAGUUAACCCUGCAAGGUAAUUAUUGCAGUUUAUUAAAAACUGCAAAAAUUACACUUGCAGAGUUAAGAGUAGUGGGAGUUGGCACCAAGACCACUCCAAUGGGCAGAAGUGGUCUGGGUGCCUGGAGUGUCCCUUUAAUGAAGCAGUUUUGGUGUAUAGAUCAUGCCCCUGCAGUCUAACUGCUCAAUUCUCUGCCAUUUAGGAGUUAAAUUAUGUUGUUUAUGCAGCCCUAGUUACAUCUCCCUGCAUUUGACUUGUACAGCCUUCCUAAACACUUAUUGUAAAGAGAUCUAAAGGGACACUAUAGGCACCAAAACAACUUUAGCCUAAUGGAGUGGUUUAGGUGUAUAGAUAAUGCCCCUGCAGUCUCACUGCUUAAAUAUCUGCCAUUUAGUAGUUUAAUCACUUUGGUUUCUGAUCAUGCAACCGUAGCCACACCUCCCCUGGCUGUGACACACAGCCUGCAUUAAUCAAAUGUUAACUUGAUGUAGGAGUUUUUAAUCUCUUGCUCUGUAAACUGAACUUUAAUCACUCAUAGGAGGCUAUUGCAAGGUCUAGAAGGCUGAUAAAGAGAGCAGUGGAAACAAAAAUAUAAAUUAAACAGAAUGUGCAAUAAAGAAAGUUUAAACAUUAAAGGAACACUAUAGUGCCAGGAAAACAAACUCGUUUUCCUGGCACUAUAAUGCCCUGAGGGUGCCCCCACCCUCGGGGUCCUACUCCCACCGGGCUGAAGGGGGAGGAAGGGGGUUAAUCACUCACCUUUCUCCAGCGCCGGGCUCCCUCUGCACUGGGGACUCUCCUCCUUCGGUCGUCAGAGCCGCGCGCGCAUUCAACCAGUCCAUAGGAAAGCAUUCUCAAUGCUUUCCUAUAGACGCUGGCGUCUUCUCACUGUGAAAAUCACAGUGAGAAGCGCGGAAGCGCCUCUAGCGGCUGUCAAUGAGACAGCCACUAGAGGCUGGAUUAACCCAUAUGUAAACAUAGCAGGAUCACUACAGGCACCCAGACCACUUCAGCUCAAUGAAGUGGUCUGGGUGCCAGGUCCCUCUAGUUUUAACCCUGAAGCUGAAAACAUAGCAGUUUCAUAGUAACUGCUAUGUUUCACUGAGGAUUAAUCUAGCCUCUAAUGGCUGUCUCACUGACAGCCGCUAGAGGCGCUUCUGCGAUUCUCACUGUGAAAAUAACAGCGAGAAUACGCUGGACGUCCAUAGGAAAGCAUUGAGUAAUGCAUUUUAACCCCUUCAACCCAGCGGGAGGGGGGCCCCGAGGGUGGGGAGGACCUAAUGACUCUUUAGUUCCAGGAAAACUAGUUUGUUUUCCUGGCACUAUAGUGCUCCUUUAAGGAGCAUAGUGACACAUAAGAAAGGUUAUAGGUGAUUUUGAUUGUUUUGAGAGACAUGACGGUUUCUCCUUAACUACUUAUAUUGUAUUGGACAACAUAUUUCCACAUUACACAACACCAUAAAACAUGGAUUAAUGUAUUUUUACUGGGAUACUUAAUAGUUAUUCAUUUUAUAAUCCUUUACGUUAAACUCUGGAAAUUAUUACCAAAUAAGUCCAAACUUUCUCCGUUAACUAAUUAACUGGUGCUGUAACGUUUGUUAGCACUGUAUAAAUACAUUGUGUGGCAAUAUAUUAUUAAUGCUAUCGCUUUGUCUUUCAGAUCUACUAUCAAAAUAAGUUAAGGCUAGCCCUUAUAGGUCAGAGCCUUUUCGGUCAGGAGGUCUAUAAUAAUUUGCGCAAAGAAGGACAUAAAGUUGUUGGAGUAUUCACUAUUCCAGACAAGGAUGGGAAGGCAGAUCCCUUGGGUAAGUAAUCGAUUCAUAGAUACAUGUUUACAGCAGAACUGCAAUGAUCCAUUUAUGGAAUGUGUUAUUAUUAACUUGCAAUACCAUAACCGGACACUGUAGGCACUAUAACCAUUUAAUUUCAUUGAAUCGGUUAUAAUGCCUGGAGUCUCCUGGUGCUGUCAUUCCAUUCAUUGUUGAAACUAUUAUGAGCACCUUAAGGACAGGGAGCCAGAAUGAUCUAACAUGGAGCACAUACUUUGACUUUAAACCAUUUGUGAAUGGUUUAAACCUUAAAGGUAAGGAAUUCCCAUAAACCUGCUGGCACCAUAACAACUUAAUUUCUAUGAAGUUGUUUGGUGCCCAGAUUGUGAGAAAUAAACCUUUAAAUGUUACGGGGAUCCCCUAUUAAAGGUAAACUGUCAAUUCCUAGGAGGAUUAAUAUUAUGUUUACUUAUUUACUAUUCCUACCCUUCAGACGUUCUCCCCGGAUACUGAACAAGAGGUGGUUGCGCUUCUCCUCUCCUCUCGCCCCACCACUUGCCCGCUAGAUCCUAUCCCAUCUCACCUUAUCAGAUCUCUCUCCCCUUGUCUUGUGCCUUCCUUGACACACAUCUUCAACUGCUCUCUCUCUUCUGACAUUGUUCCUGCUGACCUUAAACAUGUAGUACCUAUCCUGAAAACAACUGAAAAAAACCAUCUCUUGACCCGUCCUCUCCCUUUAACUAUCGUCCCAUAUCCCUGCUCCCUUUCUCCUCAAAGCUUCUGGAAAGACUUGUCUUUAACCGUGUGUCUCGAUUCCUCAAUUCCAAUUCUCUCUUUGACCCUCUUUAAUUUGGCUUCCGUCCUCUCCACUAUACUGAGACUGCUCUUAUCAAAGUUACUAACGACCUAAUCGCAGCUAAAUCCAAAGGACACUACUCUAUACUAAUUCUUAUUGACCUCUCUGCUGCCUUUGACACUGUUGAUCAUGCUCUCCUUCUUCAAUCACUCGGUCUCUGUGACUCUGACCUCUUGUGGUUUUCCUCUUAUCUCUCCCAACACUCAUUCAGCAUCUCCUUUUCUUAUGAUAUAUCCUCCCCUCGUCCUGUCUCGGUUGGAGUCCCCCAAGGCUCUGUCCUUAGUCCCCUUCUAUUUUCUUUUUAUACUGCCUCUCUUAGCAAACUUAUUACCUCUUUUGGAUUCCAUUACCACCUGGAUGCUGCUGACACCCAGAUAUAUCUCUCUUCCCCGGGCCUCCUCUUCAACUUAUCGUUCCUGUAAGUUUUCUUGUAAUUGUCCUAUUUAUAGUUAAAUCCCCCCUCUCUUAAUAUUGUAAAGCGCUACAGAAUCUUUCGGCGAUAUAGAAAUGGCAAUAUUAAUAAUAAUAAUAAUAAUUAACAAAUAUGUAUUUGUGAGGUGUGAGAAAUAUUUAUAGUUAUAUCCUAACUCCAGUAAAUUCCAGAAAGUGACAAUGCCCCUUUAAAUGACACAGUAUGCAUUAGAUAAAUGGGCGUUCAUGCUAAUGAUCUCUUCAUAUAAAUACAUGAAACUAUACUAAAUGAAUCAGGUAUAGGGGAGCAGAUUUCUUUAGCUCUUUGUUGGGGUCUGUAUAUUGCAUCUGAUCUGUAGAGCCAUUACAGGCAGACAGCAAAUGCAAGUUAGCUCAGAUUGCAUGUUGGUGUAUGUUUCAUUGAAUAUAAAAUGAACUGUCACUAAGCAGAGAUCAUGUGAUAUAUAGGCAUCUGUGACAGGGCUCAGCACUCAGCUUGAGUUUCUCCAUCAAGGGUCCUUCUGUUUCAGCACUAGAUACCUGAAGUGAUUAUAGUUGUUAUACCCAAACUCUAGCCGAGACUUAGUGAAGGGUGAAUAAGAACUGGUUUAUUGAGAACAAGGCACACUUUUAUACACACGGCCCACAACCCCAGCAGAGGAUCCAUGGCUGGAAAAAUGCAAAUCCCACCCUUGCGCCUCUGAGAAAACCAGAUCAAUAACCGCUAAAUUAAUUAUCUUUAGACAUCAAGGCACCAUUCCAUUUUACCCCAAACUAUAUUAAAUAACACAAAUAACCCCCACAUAUCUUAUAUCUCCGGAAAGCUCUCCCUCUCUGCCUAAUUCGGAAAAAAGAACACUUUUGUGAAUUCACAGUGUUCAAUCGCCACGGUUAAAAUGUUAGCCAGAGUGACCAUUGGGAGACUUGCAGCUUUACCUGCGAGGUUCAGUCACUGGGUGGGUUGGAGUGAGGGUGCUCUUCGGGGCUGUGCCUGGUGAAGAACAGGGAGGAAACCAGGGAGUGUGACUUAGCUCUGAAAUGAGAAAGCUGUCUCUGCAUAGUAGUGAAACUGUUGCAUGAUCAUCCAUUGUAUCAGAGAUACCUAGUAGAUCUGCAAAAUAGCAUGUGUAUACAAAAAAAGAUGAAAUAAAAAAUAUAGAUAACAAUUAGGGGGAAAAAAAUCAAUCUUUAAAAUACAACAUUUAAGAAGUACACAUUUCUUAAGUGACUAACUUCCUCUGUAAUCCAGUCAUUGCAUAUCUAAAUACACAUUCAAUGCUCUAUUUAGGAGUCUACCCCUUAAAUUUAUUUACAAGAAUGGAAAGCAUGGUAUGUCUGGGUCGCCAUAAUCUAUAAGAAGAAAAUAAUUUGGAUUGAGCAUCUCUUUUUAUUACUGUUGCUUGGAGUAUCCCUUUAAGCCACAACUAUCUCUUACAUCAAGAUUUACAUUUUAUUAAUUGUGAGUGAGCACUUUUUAAAAUGUUGUGGAAUGGGACCCAAAUUAUGUACAUGACGUUACUUUGGUGACCCAUUCUUUGAAUGGGACCCAAAUUAUAUACAUGCCAUUACAUUGGUGACCUAUUCUUCAGUUGUAAAAUUUGCUCAGUUACUCACUCAAUUGUAAUCUAAUGUUGUAGGAACAAAUUCCUACUAGGGAGUACUCCUGGUGAACCUGUUGGCCAACAUACCCCUGGGUCUGAGCAAGACAGGUCGUGGUGAACUCUGACAGACAGUUAGCUGGUGAAGGACAAUUUCCUUUAUCAUUUGAAGGGUCUUUGGGACGUCCAUUUAUUUAUUUUUGUGGAUUUUACAAGCCUCCACUCAUCGGCUCAAAGAAAAAUAAAAAAAAUCCACGCCAUGAUCAGCCCUUGUUAUUUGUCUGGUCUAAGGGACCCCUACAGCUAUUAUAUAUCCUUAUUAUAUAUAUAGCCUGAGGAAAGAAGAGGGACCUGAUCAAAGGUGACUACUGUCAUUAAGGGAUAUAGGACUUCUAUUAUUUAUUUAAUUGUUUAUUUAAUAGACUUGCACAUGCGUUUUUUAAUUAUAAAGGUGAUUUUUCAUCCAGCCUCACUUUGCUAUGUAAGCCAUUUUGCUUGCUUAAUGUCUGUUCAUUUUUUUUUUUUUUACUUUUACAGUUAUCAUGCUCUCAUGUAUUUAAAUUCCUCCUUUGUACUGGUGUACCAGUUCCUGAUUCUACAACUAAUCAAAAUAGAGUGAAUAAACAAGAAUUGCAAGUAUACAGUACAGUGUAUUUAGUCAACUUUAUUGGUGUGUGAAACUACUCAUAGAGCAUUUGUUAAUCUGUAAGCUGAAAUGAGUGCCCAUCACUUGUACUGCGAUCCACUAAACUUGGAAUUUAACCUAUGCAUUGUACAUUUUAGGCUGAAUCGCAGAAAUUAUUGUUAUUUUUCCAAUUCUGCUAUUUCAGUCUAAAAUGUGAAAUUUCAAGUCCAUUUCUGGAUUAUAGAAUAACCCUAAGAGUGCAUAUUUGCUAAUUUGUUAUUCUAUUUCAUGAAUGCUACAUAACUAUCCAAUAUUUUUUUCUCUUUCCCGUUCUAUUUUAGCGGUGGCUGCAGAGAAAGAUGGAACACCAGUAUUUAAAUUUCCCCGGUGGAGAGUAAAAGGAAAAUCUAUCAAGGAAGUAGUAGAUGCGUAUAAGUCUGUAGGAGCUGAGCUGAACGUUCUCCCUUUCUGCUCACAGUUUAUUCCCAUGGAUGUCAUUGACAACCCUAAACAUGGCUCCAUAAUCUACCAUCCUUCUAUCCUCCCUAGACACAGAGGAGCAUCUGCUAUCAAUUGGUGAGCUUUGUCUUUUAAUUUUGAAGUUUGUUUCAAGGCCAGUGAGCACAUUCUGGCUCCUCAUAAAGGGACACUAUAGUCACCAGAACAACUGCAACUUAUUGUAUUUGUUCUGGUGAGUAGAAUCAGUAAUUUCAGGCUUUAUUGGCAGUUAACACAGCCUUUUCAGAGAAAAUGCAGUGUUUACAUUACAGCCUAGAGAUAACUCCACUGGCUACUCCUCACAUGGCUACUAGAGGUGCUUAAUGGGGCAGUGCUGCACACUCGUCUCUACCCUCAUGGAGACACUGAACGUUCCUCAUAGAGAUACAUUGAUUCAAUUCAUCUCUAUGUGGAGAUGCUGACAGCCCAGAGCUGUGUUUGACUUGUGUUUUCGCACUAUAGGGUUAGGAAUACUUUUUGUGUUUCUAACCCUAUAGUGUUCCUUUAACUCUUGACUAGGGGAUAGCCCUUCUUGUCACUGCAGUUAUGUCACAUCUGUAUGCCCAGACCCCAGAAAAAGGACAUAAUAAUUUAGGAAACAAUUAGAAAAUUCCCCAGCAAUCCAUAGUGAGUACUGAAAAUAUUUUAAUGGAAACUCUUUAAAGAGGACACAUCAACUCUCAAAAAAAAAAAAAAAAGUGCUGUGUUUAUGACAAUUUCCGAAAAUCUACCUCUUAAUCUCAUGAUCUUGCUACAUGUCAAAAUGUCAAUUUUGACAAGUACAUAAACAGGUUUGCAGAGAAUUGAUACAACAUAUUUGUGUGCUAAGAACAUCUGGGAUUGUUGUAAAGAAUGUUUGGGAAAUAAACUACAACAUUCUACUGAGCCCAUUAUGUUCUAUGUUGUAGCUCCCUCUCUUUCUAUGUAUGUUUGUUUAUAUUUAUAUAUGUGACCUAUAAAUGAUGGGAAAUUAACUUAUUUGCGGAGUUGUGGAGAAGCCAUAAUACACCCACAGUCAAGUAGUUUAGAAAUAUCUCCAGAACCCAAGGAAGAGAUUACUUUCCCAAAAAAACAUGUCUUGUGUAUUUUUGUAUUUAAUGAUAUAUUUAGGUUAGGGUUACUGUUAAUGUAAGCAUUUUUAUAGUGUAGGGGUCACUUGUUAGUGUUACGGUAGUGUAGGAGUUAAAAUGCUUAGUAUAGUGAAAUUUAAGGUUUAAUUUCUAAGUUCCCAGUGCUGCUUACUGCCGUUAAUGGGAGUUACAGUCCUAUUUUAGCAGACACCAUUAAAUGGCAACAGCUGCCACUCUAGAGUGUAACUCCCACUAAUCUUGUGCGGACUGGGACAUGAGUCCCCCAGACUGCAUGGAGGUGAUCUGUGCAUUAUUCCUUGUUCAUUACAGGAAAUAAUUUCACGGAUGAAUUCACCACCCAUGAUGGACGCAUCCUGAAAUAAGGGUGCAGAUGAGUAGGAUAAUUAUGCAAAUCUGUUAUAACUAGCCUAACAUCUGAAAAAUCACAUUUGUCCAGCUGCACAGAUUAGUCAAUAUGUGUAUUUUUGUAUUUAAUGAUAUAUUUAGGUUAGGGUUACUGUUAAUGUAAGCAUUUUUAUAGUGUAGGGGUCACUUGUUAGUGUUACGGUAGUGUAGGAGUUAAAAUGCUUAGUAUAGUGAAAUUUAAGGUUUAAUUUCUAAGUUCCCAGUGCUGCUUACUGCCGUUAAUGGGAGUUACAGUCCUAUUUUAGCAGACACCAUUAAAUGGCAACAGCUGCCACUCUAGAGUGUAACUCCCACUAAUCUUGUGCGGACUGGGACAUGAGUCCCCCAGACUGCAUGGAGGUGAUCUGUGCAUUAUUCCUUGUUCAUUACAGGAAAUAAUUUCACGGAUGAAUUCACCACCCAUGAUGGACGCAUCCUGAAAUAAGGGUGCAGAUGAGUAGGAUAAUUAUGCAAAUCUGUUAUAACUAGCCUAACAUCUGAAAAAUCACAUUUGUCCAGCUGCACAGAUUAGUCAAUAUCUUUCACAAAGAUUAUUAAAUAAAAAUAUAAUUACAGUUAUGUUAUGCUGCUACACUCUCUGUAAAUUAUUGCCAAAUAAAAAAAAUAUGUAAACGUGAUUUUAAUUUCCUUAAUUUUAUUCUUGUGGUCUGAAAUUAGUUUUUUUGCCCUUAUUUGUUGAGCCAGCUUAACAUGUAAUUAAAGGUAAUAUACAUUUUACACAAUAAGCAAUUAAGCAGAAUUAUGGCAUUCAUUUGUGGCAAAGAAAUUGACAGUGAAGAAAUGCAACUGCUACAGAUAAAAUUGUACAUUUAAUCUUAUCUACCGUAAAUAUAUUAUCAAUUAUAUGCUUCUGUGUCAAGUGAUUUUUAAAAUUGCAAGGGCGGUUAAAACCAUUAAACUACUAAACAGAUUUAAUAUAUAUAUACACACACACACAAAGUAAAUGAUGUUUUUGAAUGGCUGCAUGACUUUAAAUUGAAAACCUGUGAUGACAUGCCAUUUUAAAGCACCAUUUUGCCAAUCAUUGACUUUUGUUGUGGGGGAAGCGUCAGUGUAUCAAUAAAGUACCCCACUUAAUCCAUUAGCAUGAGAUAAUUAUCUCUUUAUCCAUACUUGACAACUGUUCCAAAUUUCACAUGACAGUCUUGUAGCCUGUUGUCCAAUUAUUUGUGGACUCCACUAGGUGCCUCCUGACUGUAUAGGCCUUAAAAAUCUAUCUGCCUCAAACCUGGCACAAUCUGGACUGCAGGUGACUGUGCCCAAGGAGAAAAAAUUAUAUUUAAUAAUAUCAAUUAUUCAUCCUUCCUGUAUCCACUAUCACAUUCUGUCCUGUGCUUGUCAUAUUGUAUAAUGUCCUUAGUAAAGAUGUAAAUAUGUCUCACAAUAGGGAGCAGAGCUUUAUUCAAAGUGUAGUAAAGUUAAUUCGGGGACAUUGUAUAUGUAUAGGCUGUGGAUAGUGUUUGUCCUGGCUGUAUAUAGUGUGCAUGUAUAUAAUCUGUUCUAUGUAUAGCGUGUGUGCCAUGAGUGUAAUGUGUGUAUCAGCUGUGUAGCGUGCCAGCUUAGCGCAGGGGUAGGCAGCCUCCUUUUGGCACUACAGACUUUGUGGACUGCAUCUCCCCUGAGGCUCUGCCAGUAUCAUGGCUGUAAGAGGAUUCUGGGAUAUGCAGUCCACAACACCUGGGUGCCAAAGGUCGUGUACCCCUGGUUUCGGACCCCAUGUAAAAGAGGUGUUUAAAGAUAACUGUGUAUAGUGCAUCAGCUAUACGUGUACUAAGAGCCAUGGAAUUUUCCAGUUCAUAGAUAAUUUUCUUAUACCUGUUUUAUUAGCUGUGUGAAUUUGACUAUUGUACAAAAUGUGUUUUAUUUAGAAGUAAUUUACCUUAAAGAUUUUGUUUUGGUAUAUCUAUAAUUUUACCAAGCUUACCCUGAGCUACACAGCAGAUAUUAGAAAUCAGCACUGGAAAUUAUGAAAUAAAUGCUCCACUGGAUGUUAAAAAUUGUGUUUCUCUCUUUGAGCAGUAGCCGCUCAGAGCUAGGAACACAGCAAUUGACACUCGCCAACACAGCAGAUAGCAUGCACACAUACUGCAGCUCUGACACUCCUAUAGAAUCAGACGACAGAGUUGCAAUUUCUUAAGCAAUAACAGCUAAGCUCAGAUAAUAACGGAUUUGGAAAAAAUUUACAGUGUGAAUAUCUUGCCUUAAAAUUGACAAUUUCAGUGAAUAACUGUUAGGAACUGUGAUUGUUAUGAGCUACAGUUUGCAAUUUAGUUGUCCAGUUAUGACAUAAAUAUUCCAAUAUAACAAUGCUGAAAUAAUUGAAUUUAUUCACUGAGGUUAAUGUAAAUGUAGGCAUUGCAGAAUGCUGCUUGGAAAUCCCCUAGAAUGCUUUGCAUAUCUCUCAAUAUUCGUAAAUACCAGCGUGAGGGCAUAACCUCAGGUAGUGUGUGUGUGUGUGUGUAUAUGUCGACAUGAACACUAUUAUUUAAAUGCUUCUUGCCAGUCAGUGUUGCAGCUGUCCCCAGUAUUAAUAGAUACAUGGGUGCAUAUAAGGCUACCUUGUGGGUGUCAGAGAUAAAAUGCCAAGCACCUUAACAAAUAUUUACACUGUGAUAAUAAGAAGCUAAAAUGAACAUUGUAACAAUUAUGACUGGUUUCAUAAAAAGAGUUCUAAAUGCAUCUUCCCCCUCCUCCGCACCCCCCCCCUCCCCCCCCAAUGUAUGUAUUCUGGUCCAACAUUCACUAAAAGUCACCGAUAAUGAAUCCAGAUGAUCUGUAGCUGCAACUGCUCUGAGCUCACUGUUGCUGACAGGCUCAAUAUUGCUGGACAUGCCUCCUAUGGAAAUUGUAAGCAGCAGUCCUGCCUCUCCUGGCCCCUGUCCAUGGUACUGAUACUUUGUGUUUGGUAGUUAAAUAAACACGUAAUACGUAUAUAUUAGUUUAGUGGAUAUACAGGUAUAUAUAUUAGUUUCAUACGUGUACCUGAAACUUUUAGUUUAAGCAGGGCAAUAUUACAUUGAUAUUACUUUAACAAUUAUUUUCUCUUACCUGACUUUCGUUGGUGCAAUUAAACAGUAAAUGAUAAUCCUUAGUGAUAUUGGAAGCACAGUGACAUUUUUCCAGGGACACAACAAAUGUAUCAAUCUUUUUGCCACUUUUUCUGACACAAAAGUGUUAUGUUUUCUUUCGUUUUUUCACACCACUGUAAAUUUGGGUGUCUUUGGAAUUGGACAUUUCUGCAAAAUCAGUAUUAAUUUAUAAAUACAAUAAGAAUGGAUGGUAAGGUAUGUCUUUUUGCUGAUGAUACUAAGAUAUGUAACAGGGUUGAUGUUCCAAGAGGGAUAAGCCAAAUGAUUUAGGUAAACUAGAAAAAUGGUCAGAAUUGUGGCAACUGACAUUUAAUGUGGAUAAGUGCAAGAUAAUGCAUCUUGGACGUAAAAACCCAAGGGCAGAGUACAGAAUAUUUGAUAGAGUUCUAACCUCAACAUAUGAGGAAAGGGAUUUAGGGGUGAUUAUUUCUGAUGACUUAAAGGUAGGCAGACAAUGUAAUAGAGCAGCAGGAAAUGCUAGCAGAAUGCUUGGUUGUAUAGGGAGAGGUAUUAGCAGUAGAAAGAGGGAAGUGCUCAUGCCAUUGUACAGAACACUGGUGAGACCUCACUUGGAGUAUUGUACACAGUACUGGAGACCGUAUCUUCAGAAGGAUAUUGAUACCUUAGAGAGGGUUCAGAGAAGGGCUACUAAACUGGUUCAUGGAUUGCAGGAUAAAACUUACCAGGAAAGGUUAAAGGAUCUUAACAUGUAUAGCUUGGAGGAAAGACGAGGCAGGGGGGAUAUGAUAGAGCAAUUUAAAUACGUAAAGGGAAUCAACACAGUAAAGGAGGAGACUAUAUUUAAAAAAAGAAAAACUAAAAUGAAAAUUAAAAAUUUUAAUUGUGCUCCCAAGCUCAAUUUAGAUAAAUGCAAUAACAAUAGAUUGGGAUCCCAAAGUUAGAACAUCUGCUAAGAAAUUCAAGGAAUUCCUGAGUAAAAAUCCAUUUUAUGACUGUUGGAGGACUGUUAAUCCAGGGUUGAGGGACUAUACAUAUUUUUGUAGGGUGGCUGAGCGGAGCAGUGCAUACUGCGAUACAGGAACUUAUGUUUCCUGUACCCGGCUGGACUGAAAGGAAGUGCUCACUGAAAGAGCACUUCCGGUCAGUCCGGCCGGGUACAGGAGACUGAAUCUCUUGUACCGCGGUGCGCACUGCUCCGCUCAGCAACGCUACCAGGAGACACACAGAGGAGCGGGGACCAAGGAGGGGAGAUACACACCGGGGACCAAGGGGGAGAGGGGGGCACUAUGAGGGGGAUUGGAAAGGAACACUAUGUAAGGGGGGAGGUAAGGAACACUAUGGGACAGGGGAGAAAGGAACAUUAAGGGAGGACACUAAGGUACAGGGGAGGGAAUGGAAAAGGAACACUGGUGUGGGGGGGGGGACCACUAAAAGAGAAGGGAGAGGAACAUUAAGGGGAAUGGGGGUGGGGCACAAAGAGACAGGUACAGGGUGGGGGGGGAGUUCCUACUGCACAUAUUUACACACACUGCAUCCACUACCCACUCUGCAUCCACUACACAAACACACACACACACUGCAUCCACCACCCACACUACAUCCACUACACAAACACAUUGCAUCCACUAUCCACACUGCAUCCACUACACACACACACUGCAUCCACCACCAACACUGCAUCCACUACACCAAGCAUGUCAAACUCAAAGUCUAGCACGGGCCAAAUAGAGCAGGAUUAAGUUUGUGAGCCGCAAAAAAAACCCCAAAUUUAAAUUUUCAUAGAAAAGGUUUAUUUUGAACAGUACAGAAUAAAAAAAACAGCAUCCCCCUCUACUAAUUCCCAGUCCUCCCCCUAUACUAAAUCUCAGUCCUCCCCUAUCUACUAAAGCCCAGCACCCCCCUCUACUAAAGCCCAGCACCCAGGUAAGGUUUAGCAGAGUAGGCACCUGCAAUGUCGAGAAAGCAGGUGCCUACUCUGCUUUAACACGAAGCAUGUACUCGCGGCUCGCUGUGCUGCAAAGAGGUCCAUUGUUGGCCGCAUGCGGCCCGUGGGGCGCAAGUAUGACAUGUUUGCACUACACAAACAAACACAUUGCAUCCACUACACAAACACAGAUACACUGCAUUUACUAAUCAAAUACUCUCACUGCAUCCACUACACACACAUAAAUAUUCUUGAAAACAUAAAUAAAAUUUGACUGGCAUGUAUAUUUUGUGCAUUUACCACUUAAUAAAAAAAAGAUUUGCAAAAAAAAUACAGUAAAUGUACAGAAUAUCCGUAAACUAUCGGCUUGAAAGUUCACAGAUUAUCGGUAUCGGCUCUAAAAAAAAAUCAAUAUCGGUCGAUCCCUACUUUUGAUGUGAUUAUACUGGAAUAAUGCUUUAAUAUCUCUUGUAUUGUCAACCGAUGGUUUAUGCAAUAAAAAAAAAGAAACUGUUUGUAGAUCUGGUGAUAAAACAGAUUUCUUUUUUUUUCUUUUUGUGGACCGCUGUGCAGAUGUUUUUGUGCUGCUCAGCUUACUCUCUUUAUGCACUGUUUGGCACGUUGCAUUUGGGAACAUUUAACCAUGUGAGAAUCAUUCAUGUGAAAAGCUUAAUUAAUGCUGGCUUCACAUAAUGCAUCAGUCAUAAUUAGCACUACUACGUGAUCUAUUUUGCUUAUUUUUAGGAAUCUGCCUCCACACCGUCUGUAAAUGGAUAUGAUUUGUGUUUCCUAUUAUUAUCAAUGGCGCAAUUGGAUGAUAACAUUUCUUAUCGUAAUGGAUCAUUUAUUUAAUAUUUAAUCAUUCAUUGCUUAUUCAGAAAACUUAGCUAGUAUAUACAUAAUAUGAUAAAUGCUACAUCAUGCUUUAAACCGUGUGUGAUUUAAUAUACUGUAUAUGGAGCGAUUGGGAGUUGUUUACCUAACACCUGUUGUGCUAUUCAUAGAUUUACUCAUUUUGUAGCUAGAGUCGGGCAAUAGUAUAGUAAGCGUUUUGCAUAUAUAUAUAUAUAUAUUUACACACAUACAAUGUAUAGAUUACAUGACUGGCAGAACAUGUUAUAGAAUUCCAUGCUGCAAUGAUGGUGAAGACGCCCGUUCAGUUAUUCCCCAUAAUGAAUUGAUGGAUAAGUAUGCACAGAUCACCUCCAUGCAGUCUAGGGGCCCUAAUCCCAGGCAGAAUUGGAGUAUAUAUACCAUUAUUCUCAUUGUAUAUCCAAGUGCUACCCUAAAAGUAAAAGUUCUCCCCUUAAAAGAACACUAUAGUGUUAGGAAUACAAACAUGUAUUCAUAACUCCAUAAAGUCCUGCUACCUAUCUAUGUGUCUCCCCGACAGGUAAGUGUUUGAAAGGUGAGUGUUGCUUAACUUUAUGCCCAUGCCAUGCUGCUUUCCUUAAUGCCGCUCCUCCUCAUUGGCAGAGAUCAUUAAUAUUGAUGAUCUCAGCCAAUCCAAUGCUACCCCUUGACGAAGCAUUGGGAGGCUAGUGCACAUCUGCAGCAAAACACCGUGCUACACCAGUGAAAAGCAGUGCUUCAAAUAUAUGUGCGUUUAGCUCAGUUGUAGCAUAGGAAGCACCUCUAGUGGCUAUAAGUAAGACAGCCAGUAGAGGCACGGUAAACCAGCAAUAGCUUAAACAGACAGGGAAAGUGCACCAUAACCACUUCUUUGAGAUUAAGUGGUCUGGGCAUAUCUAGUGUCUCUUUAACCUCUACUUUUCUAACAAACUACCCAACACAUUAAAGGGAUCCUCUAAGCACUAAAACAACUUUAGCUGAUGCCGUUUUGCUGUAUAGAUCAUACCAUGGCAGUGUUUCUGGUCAGUUCUCUGCAAUUUAGAAGUUAAUUUAUUUAGAAUUCACUUUUGUUUCUCUUGAUUCAGCCCUAUUUAUACCUCUCCUGGCUCACACAUUCUACAUGACAAAAAUGUUUAUCUCGUACUCUGUUAAAGGAACAGCCUAUUGAUUUAAAAAAAAUAAAAAAAAUUUUUAGUAGAUAUUUACCCAAAGAACACAUGCAUGUAUUUUUUUUUUUCCUUUGCAGGGUACAUGCACAGACUUUCCCAGGCACAGACGUUUAGUGAAUGCACUAAUCAUCACUUUCUAAUUAAGAAGCGCGCAUGCCAUUGCAACUUACAUUCGCUUUUCAAUGAGCUGUAGUACACACCUGCUUCUUCUGUUAGCUCUGUGAAUGAAAGCCUCCUUAGCUGUGUGAGUGACAACCAGGGAGUGUUUUGGCCCCAAAUAUUAAAGUGCCGAACGCUAUUGAAAUCGACCCUUUUCCAAACUUCCCAAAUCUGACAGAUUCCAGACAUAUUAAGCAAACUGAAGUGAAAUGCAAUGGGCUUUUAGCGCAAUAAAGAACUUGUGCAGCGCUGCAAGUACAGGCAGGGAAGGAGUUAAGAGAAGCUAGUUCUAAACAUUUCGCUGAAAUGAACUUUGAUUAAUUUAAUGCAUUUAAUUGGACUUGGGUUUAGCGGCUGGCACUAUAGAAUGUUAAAGGGCUCUCAGCUGAUUUGCAAAGUUAAAGGAAAAGUAUGUGCAAAUAAGUUUGUAAAAUUAUCUUUCUGAACAAGUUCCACAAAUGUUAAGCAAUAGAUUUUCUGUGUUAGAUGACAAGUCAGAUUUGUUUUCAUUUCCGUAUUUUACUCGCGUACUUUCCUAAAUUACAUUGUCUGCUUGUCGCUAUUGACCUCAGCCUGUUUACGUACACUUGAAGCUCCUCUACUUGAGCUGCAGGGCCAGUGCGUGAGCAAAAUCCAGAAUCCCCUCUGUAUCAUUUCUACUUUUAAUCUCUCACCCCAUCUUUUUCGCUUCCCUAUUUCUCCCAUGUGCUACUCUGUCAUUGUCUUCUCUCUCCCAUUCUUUUUUUUGUUCAGUAUCUUUCUAUCCAUUUCCAAACAAAAGAUAGCAAACUCCCCAGAUAAAACAGGGGGGUGCAGCCUCAAAUAUAUGUGAAGAUAAGGCGCACUAAAUACCACACCGAUCAACUACUGCUCAAAUACAAAUAAUUCCUAAAUAAAAUAUGACGUAACAGGUAAGGGUUAAGCCCUAGACCUCACCUGGGAGGUCCACUGGUAACUUGGUCAACUUGAUUGGCCAAUUUUGAAUUUUUCUAUCUCUUACUAUCCAUUUGCCCAACUCUCUGUCUUUAAACUUUUGGUCUGUUUCUUUCCGAGUUUGCCAUUUGUAACCUAACUAGCAUAUCUCACUGUCUUUCCACCAUUUUGUAACUGCAUGUGGGUGAGGGUAUGUACCCUGUGUGGUGUUUAGCAUUGUAACCUUUUUUUGGAAAUAAAUACUGGGCAUGCUAAUUUUCAUAAUUCGUUAUAUAUACCUGACAUCACAGGACACAAUGCCACCUGAUAUUACAUAACAUCUCAGCGAGUGGCAUACGAGGAACAAAAAAAACAUUCGGAAGGGGAAAAUUCCUUAAAUCACUAAUAAAUUACUUACAAUGUGUGUACUAGGUCUGACUGCGCGUGAAUGUGUAAUAGUGUGUGUAUACUAUCAGGAUUAGUGUGUGUAUAACAGUGUUUGCAUAGUGUUGUCAUAGUGUGUGUGAUUGUGAAUACUAUGUCUAAGUGUGUGCAUAGCAGUGUGCAUACUGUGAGUAUGUGUAGCACUUUGUGUGUAUAUAGUGAUGUGUGUACCUGCCAUGUAUAAUUGAGAGAGUCAGAAGAGAAAUUUAGUAAAACGGAACAGUAAGUGGGGAAAAGUGCAGCAAACCGUGCAGGCUAGCCACUCAAUAAAGGGAUCACUCCCAAAUCCCACAAUCACAAAAAAAUGCAAAGAGUAUACUAAUAUACAAGUGAGGGCGCCACUAUAACCUUUGUUAUUGUGCGCCUUCACUUGUAUAUUAAUAUUCUCUUUGCAUUUUUUUGAGAAGAGAAAUUUAGCCAGAUUAUCCACCUUUGAAUCCCACCAGAGAAAAAAUGCCUGUAAAUUUCCAGUAUUUUUGCAAUACUGGCACCAGCUAUACAGCCUAAAACAGCCGUAAAAUACAGGCUAAAUGGCAACCCCAGCUGAUGUUGAAGGCAGGGCCGAUCCUAGGGUCACUUACGCCUGGGUGGUGAGGCUAGGGCUGCAAUGGGUAGUUGAAGCUGCAGUGGGAAUAAGGGACUAUAGUAGGGGGUUGAGAGCUGUAGUAGGGAGAGGGACUGCAGUGGGGGAAUAGGGGCUGUUGUUUGGUUAAAUGCAUUGUAGUGAGGGGGGGAUUAGGGGUUGAAGUAGUGGGAUGGCUGCAAUUGGGUAAAGAAGCUGUAUUUGGGGGGAUAUGGGCUGUAAUUGUGGGUUAGGAGCCUUAGUAGUGCAUAGGUGCUGCAAUUGGAGUGUAUGGGCUGUAAUAAUGCACAGGAACUGCAAUAGGGGAGUAGAGGCUGUAGUAGGUCUUGGGAGCUGUUGUAGGGCAUAGGGGCUGCAAUUUGGGGUUAGGGGUUUGGGCCUGCAGUAGGGCAUAGGGGCUGCAAUUGGGGGACAGGGAGUAAGGGCAGUAGUUACGGCAUAUGGACUGCAAUUUGAGGUUAGGGGCUGCAGUAAGGCAUAUGUGUUGCAAUUGGGGGUAGUAGUUAGGGCAUAAUUACUGCAAUUUGAGGUUAGGGGCUGUAACAGGAGGUUAGGGGUUGCAGUAGGGCAUAGAUGCUGCUAUUGAGGGGUAGCGGGUAACAUCACUAUUUAGGGCAUAUGGACUGCAAUUUGAGGUAAGGGGAUGUAAUAGGAGGUUAGGGACUGAAGUAGAACUUAGGGGCUGCAAUUGGGGGAAAUAGGAGCAGAAGAAAAAAAUACUAGUUUAUCCCCCCUCCCUGAGACUUAGCUUGGGACAGGGAGGGGAAAUCCUGUGGUCUGGUGGGAGAUGUGCAGCUUUGUCUGCUCUGACCAGUGUUUGCUUUGUCCCAGGUGCCGAGUGUGUCGCGGCAUUAACAGCUGUAUAACAAAUCUGGUCCAUUCACUAAAAUAAAUACAUUUAGGUUAUUUUAUCUGUAACACUUGACUUUUUUUCUCUAAUAAAGUGUGACUUGUGGUUAGCUAACAACCAACAUAAUAAUUUUAGGCCAACACAGCUUAGCUGUAAAUAUCUCUAACUCAGAGUUUAAUGUUUUGGACAUUGCCUACUCCAAUUUCAACUCCCUAUUUAACGAAUAAACUCUUUAUAUUACACAGUCCUUCUGUGUUUACUGUAUUUAUUAUAAUUAAUUUCCAGGACUUUAAUUCAUGGAGAUAAGAAAGCUGGAUUUUCUGUUUUUUGGGCUGAUGAAGGUCUGGACACUGGGCCAAUAUUACUGCAGCGAGACUGUGAAGUAGAACCCAAUGAUACAGUAGAUACACUCUACAAUCGCUUUCUGUUUCCUGAGGGGAUCAAAGCCAUGGUGAGUUGUACAUCAUAAAUGAUCAGCAGUCCAUAGUCUAGCUGGCUCAUGGGAUAGAUGAACAGGGAACCCCAUGCUGUUUGGAUGUUGGUAAAACCACUGAUGAGAAAAUUAUUGAGGUUUUCUGAGGAGUUUGGUCGCAGGACCAUGGCCUACUUGAUGAAAUAGUGAAAUGACCAGAAAACGAGGAACUAGUGAUUCUUACACAGAUUAUGGUGCAAUAACAUUUCCUGCCCUUGUCUUUGUGUAAAUAUUUGCUAGUGACUGCAGCUAUAAUAACUGGCAGGUGAAAUAAGUGACUAUCCCGAUCCUCCCACUCAUUUUUACCACCCAUUUGGACCUUCCCGUGUGGCUUCAUGUGACUCUAGAUUAUUUCUUUCUUCUUUUGUAAAUAACUUUUUUUUUUAAUUAAAAGUUUAAAAUGUAAUGCAGAAAAGAAAAUGCUAUGCCAUUACAUGUAUCACAUGUGUGGCCAAGUUUUACAGGCUAUUGGUAGAAACAUAUUUUCCCAUGAUCAUUAGCAGUAUGUUGUGCAUAAAAGUCAAAAGACAAGAACAUCAUCUGGGUAAGAGUAUUAAGAGAAAAGAAAUGGAAAAUGGAGGAAGGAGAAAAAUACAGAGAGAGAGAAAAUAAAAGGAUAAAACUGGAUUGGGAAGAGUUGAAUGUUCCCCCUCCAUGGUCGCGGCCAAGAGUGGGUUGGUAAAACUCCCCUAAUGUCCCGCAAAGUUCCAAAACUGCCCCAAAGUCCCCAUUGUAAUGGUUAUGGCAUUCAAAAGAAAAGGCUUUAGUGAGUCCUAAGCCCAUAUAUCUUUGUUAAUUAUUUAGACUUCCAGAGAGAGGGUGGUUUUCUUCUCAAAUUACCAUGUGGUCCUGCGGAUCAUCUUUCCUUUAUAUCUUUUUGUUUCUUUCAGACAGAGGAACAUAGGAGACAUCAACACCUUUUAUUUAUUUCUAUGUGGGUUUUUUGCUGCAGCAGGGAGUUGUGUUCUGUAGUUCUGCUGCAGAAUUGAAAAAUUAUAUUCUGGAUAGGCUUGUUAUUGAGUUACUUCAUCAAGCACCAACAUUAAGUUUACCCGCUAUUUCCAUCGAAUGCUUUUAUCCUGAAACAUGCACCUGCCAUUCUUCACAAUACAGUCACAAUCCCACCCCAAACAUAUAUUGUCCUGGGUGUGCAUUACACAGAGUCAUUUGGAAUAAUUAGCCUAUGGAUAUAAAAUGAAACGUCACGGUAUUUCUCUCUAUUUUCUAGGUGGAAGCGGUACAAUUAAUUGCAGACGGUAAGGCUCCUCGAAUAGGCCAGCCAGAAGAUGGCGCUACUUAUGAAGGAAUUCAAAAGAAAGAAAAUGCAAAAGUAAUGAUUGACAUAUUUGUUGACCAUAUUCAAUCCAGCAAAACGCGUGGGGUUUUUAAAGUGCUUCUUGUAACAUUAUGUACAGCCUUAAUGAAUUUGUUAAAAAUAUAUUAGAAAACUAAUUGAAUCUCUCUUGGCAAGUAAUUCUAAUUUCCUCAUUCAACAACAAUGGUUUUAAUGAUGUGGAUCUUAAGUCUAAAAAUAUUUAAUAAAAAAUAAAAAAAAAAUAGGAUUUAUUGGGAAGUCACUAGGGAACUUUAAAGGGACAGCAGUACCAAAAUCAUGUAAUCUUAAUGAAGUCAUUUAGACGUUCUCAGUGAGAAGGCUCUGAUAGGAGUAUUCCCCAGCACAGACUGAUCAUACAAGUGAUCUACAGUUUUUGCAAGCUGUUUUUCAGAUAACCCCAAAUAAAACUUGCAGAAAAAUACAUGUUUUUUGGGGUAUAUAUAUUUUUUUCUAGUGUUAAAAACAAUAGAAGAAAAAAAUCAAUUGAGUGUUCCUUUAAAGCAAGUUGAUGAAUCAGGAAAAACAAACCUCUUCAACCCGCCAAUUCUUAUUGGUCCGUAUAUUUUCUUUUUAAAAUGGUACAUGGUAGCAUUGCCGUAGAAAUAUAGCAGCAACAACUACGUCCAAUAAUUGGUCUCUACGUCUUGUAGGAAGAAGUUUUUUAUUUAUUUAUUACUGGCAUUUAUAAAGCGCCAACAUAUUCCGCAGCGCUGUACAAGAAGUGAGUUAAUUUAAAAACAUUUGGUUGUAUUAUAUGUCUAGAUUUGUUGGGACAACUCUGCUGAGGCUAUCCACAACUGGAUAAGAGGACAUGACAAGGUUCCAGGAGCGUGGACCAUAAUUAAUGGCCAAGUAGGUGAAAUCAAGGAAUCUUCAGGCUUUCGUUUACUGUUUUCUUUGGCAAUACGUUUUAUAAAGAGUAAACUUUUCAAUUAUUUUACUAGACAGUCACAUUGUUUGGAUCUUCUUUGCUGCAAGGUUCUGUGCCUGCUGGGGAAACAUUACCCAUUGAUGGAGCUUCAAAACCUGGUCUCGUCACAAAAAAUGGACUUGUCCUUUUUGGAAAUGAUGGAAAAAUGGUAAGUUGACCAAACUUAUUGAAACAGACACCAAAUAGAAAUUCAAUGACCUAGUUCUAAACAUAACACAAUAUAAGACGAUAUAACGAUAGCUUGUUUUAGGAAAUUAUUUCAAAACUCACAAGACAUCACAUCUUUCUGCAGUGCCUCCUAGUGGCUCAACAAAUCAUUUCAGAAGCAUUGAAAUCCACAUGUGUUUAAAUCUUAAUAAUGAUAUUCACAACCCAUCAAAGGCAAAAAUUUAAAAACUACUUGGAAGGCGUAACAUUAUUAAAUUAAUGGUUCAUUAAUGAUGCAAUAGAAAUAAACCUUUAGGGGUUUCCCGGUAUUAUUUUCAUUUUAUUAACUGCAGAUACAGCGAUUAACAAUCAUUCUUAAGAUACAACUACAUAGAGACCCAAAUGGCUGUCAAUGGUCUGUGAUAUAAUUCAUGUGGGCACUGACUCUGUCUUUAAAUACAAUCCAUCCAAAUUGUUUUAAGCCCUUGAAAGGAGAAGAGGCUACAUAAUCCCUUGAUUCUGGGGUUCUCAAAACCUUUGCACGUUAACCUUGUUUUCUUAGGAUCUGGUACUAAAUUCCUGCCAUUUGGACUUCAACAGGUCAUAUUGCCUUAAACUUUUUUUUUUUACCUUGGGACACUUUUAAGAUCCAUCCAAUGGAAUAAUCUUUCCUUGUAUUCUUAGUCUGUUUACAUGCUCAGGGUUACUCUCUAUUCUUUAGUAUUUUCAAUAUGCAUUAGCUUUGCUGCAGACAUUCUUACUUCGGGUUUGGAAUUAGAAGCUUGGUCUAUAAUUACUAUAUCAGAUCCAGUCAUGCUUUUUAUUUCCAUUCCCUAGUUUAAUGUCACUGACGCAGUAGUAAUGGGAUCCCAGGGAUACUCAGAAUAGUGACACUUCCAAAGUUAAACCAUGUGUUUACCGGCAGAAGCUGGGCGUUACAUUGAAGGGCAAUAUCCAGAACUCAAGCGUGGAUUCAAUUACAAUUUAUAUUAGAGGAAUAUGAUUCAAACAAGUCGGCUGAAACUCAUGUUUGAACAAGUCUAUUGUAAGUAGUGGCAUUAACAUUAGAUGGCCACAUGCCCAUACCCAAGUCUACUGUAAGUAGUGGCAUUAACAUUAGAUGGCCACAUGCCCAUACCCAGUACACUGACUGCCAUGAAUGGGGACAGCCGUGUCAGGCUCUGUGGCAUUGGAGGUUAAAUAAAGUAAUUUAAAAGCAGCCAGUAAUACACCUGCUGGAGAUUAUCUAAACGGAGCUGUCAUCAUGGAAACCAAUAGAAUAUUCAUGCAGAUCACACCUCUUGUAGAAUUCUACACCAGAAUCUCUCUUUUUACAUAACGUGAUUGAGUUAUUUAGAAGUGUUUUAUUAUAUGGAUUUUAAUCUCCCGGUAAAUUUUAUUACUAAUGUAUUUACAACUGUAAGAAAAAAAUAAAGUAAUUUGUUUGGAACAGGGGAUGGAUACAUAUCUAGCAUAUUAUAUAAAAAUAAAACACCAGGUUAGUCUAUAUAGUUCUUUAUAGAUAGGUAAAACAAAAAAUCUAUUUUAUGUACAUUACAGAAUUAUUUCUUCGGAUUACAGAUUAUGUAUCUCUUAUUGUGGAUUUUUUUGACAGGACACUUUUAUAAUAAAGUUUGGAUUCCAAUAUCCUGUUGAUUGAUAUGGUAAAAACAUUGUUCUAAAGCAUAUGCAUUGCCAUCUUCAAGUAUUCCCUGACAUAUGCCCAAAGUUCUCCUUCUCCCGAGCUGCUUUUAAACAGUACUGUACAGAGUUACGGAGGUCGCUGUCCAGUCCAGAUUAACAUUUCCAUUUCCUAUAGGCACUUAAACAUAAUUCAGAUAAAGUAAUACCGCUGUUCAGUAAGCAUAUAUAAACUCAACAUGCAGGCAUAUAGAAAGAACUUUUGAUAAAUAAACAUAUAUAAUAUUUUCUAUUUGGCUGAGUUUACAUAUACUGGAAUAAGUUGUCCAUGUAUGCCAGCUCCCAAAGAUGUAUAUCCACCCAUCCCCAGACAUCUACCAGUUACUGCAAUGGGUUGCACUACGCACCUGUGUAAUAAUAAUAUUAAAUAUGUAUACACACACACAGACACACAAACACACACUCGCCCAAAAGUAAGUAGUCAGUUGAGUCAAUGAAAUGCAUCACGGAUAUUAAAUGUUGUGAUGAAUUUCAUUGAUUUUGGGCCAUCGUGUGUGUGUAUAUAUGAGUGUGUAUAUGUGUGUGUGUUUGUGUAUGUAUGUGUGUGUGUGUGUGUGUGUAUAUGUAUGUAUAUAUAUAUAUAUAUAUAUAUAUGUGUGUGUGUGUGUGUGUCUAUGUGUAUAUAUAUGUGUGUGUCCGUGUGUGUGUUUGUGUAUAUAUAGAUAGAUAGAUGGAUCAUUUGACUCUUGCACCUGUAGGCCUGGGAAUGAUGUGAAAAGUAAGUCUUUAGUUAUUUCAGUUUGGGGUAAGUUGGUCAUUUAUUUAAAUUCAAAGCAGAACAAAUCCAAGUCACUUUAAUUUUAUUUUCCCACCUAAUAGCACACACUGUCCUUAUUUUACUUGGCAGUAAGAACUAAUAUGUAUCUUGCUUUCUGUUUACAGCUAAUGAUCCGGAACCUUCAGUUUGAAGAUGGUAAAAUGAUCCCUGCUUCAAAAUACUUCUCUACUGAUGACGCGGCAGCUCUCGAGCUCACGGAGGAGGAGAAGGCAAUGGAGUCAGAGAUUAGGGUAAGUCUGCUGGGAGCAAAGAAUGUGAUGCGUCUCCUAACACCAAACUUUAUAUAUAUAAUGCCGCUGAAAUUAUCUUCACAGUAUCAACAUCGUUUUGCGUACGAAUAAAAAAAAAUGGGUUAUUGCCAGGUUAUCUAUUUCUUAUCAAGUUGUGCUAAGCAAGUGUGGCAUAGCAUAAAAUUAACUGAUAUCAGUAUAGGGAGAUAUACGCCACAGGGUGAUAAAACAUACUGGCAAACAUACACACUGUAUCAAAAACCAUCCAGUAAAUAUUAUAGUAAUACAUAAUCCUAUAAAUAAAUAUUUAAAAAAAAAAUAUAUAUAUAUAUAUAAAGAUAUGUGUACUCCUUUGACUUCUAUGAAUUAAACUAACACAAUUUUACAUUAUAAUAGAUCACAAUAUAAUUCUGGUAGUGAUUAAAAUCCAAAUAUUGAGUUCCAUGUUCAAUUAGAAAGUAAGUUAAUGGUUAGAUCUGAGAGCUUACUAUAUACUCCGUUCCCAUAGAGGACAGGUCCCAUUACCAAAGUAUUGGAUCUGUAUAUUUAGUUCUUGUAGGUGAACGGUCCAAUAAGCAAAGUCUUGAUUCCUAAAAAGGAUAGCCAAAAGUAGUCCCACUUCAGCUUCAAGUAGGUAAUGUUCACAGUACUUCCUAAAAAUAGCAGUUUAGUAGAUAAAGGCUUUAAAGCGCAAAAGAAAACUAUAUGAUGCAAUAUCUUUUUUCCCCCAAUAUAUAAAGCAUAAAAAGUAUUUGCCUCCCCCCAAGUAUAGUGCACUCACACGAUAUUAAAGUCAAACAAAUGCAAAGUCAAACAAGGUGAUCGCUUACUGCCUGCUCCUGCGCGUUUCGUGAGGACGUUCUCACUCCUUUUAUGUUUUUUAUAUUUGAAAUUAAAGGAUAUUGCAACAUAUAGUUUUCUUUGCGCCUUUUUGGCUUUACCUACUAAAUGGCAAAUUAAUUGCCAAUAUGCACUGUAAGUGUGCGAUUAGUCAAAUGUGUACAACACAUCCAGCUGUCCUCUUGCACCUCUCCGAUCUAUUAGAUAUUAGUUAAAGCGGCACCAUCAUGGCCACAUCUGUUGUUUUUUUGUUUUGUUUAUUUUAUAAACCCUCUCCCACCUCCACUACAUUUUAUUGUCCCCCUAGUCACCUCCAAAUGACCCUAGAUCCCCCAUUUCACUUUUUUUUUUUGUUUUAAACCUCUUUAUCCUUGUCUGGAUCUAGGUCCUAGGUGUCUAUCUUAGUGUGGGCACAUUCCAAACAGAAACUUAUGUAUGUUUUUCAUCCUAAACUGAAUGGACAAAGAUUCGACAUUCUGUUAGGACAAAAUUUGGUGGAUUCUCUGAUGCCUUAGUUUAAAUGACAGGACGUUCGGGAAUGGCGAAUAAAGCAGCAUGAAAACACGGAGGAGGGUGAGUAUUGUGGGAAAACUUUCUCUGACACAGGAAAUGGAGACAAGUUCCUCCUUGUCUCAGAGAAUAUCAGGUGUAGGCAUGGGCGUCCGCAGGAAUUUUUCCAGGGGGGGCAUAAUUGUAAUGAAAUCCAGGCUUGGUACCUUUUUGACAGUGUAAUGAAAGGUAAGGGGCAUAGCCAUUAUCACAUAAAGCCAGGGUGAAUAGCAUUUUCACAACUAUGGUGUCAGGAAUAUAUGUUUGUAUUCCUGACACUAUAGUGUUCCUUUAAGCAAAUUAAAGGACCAUUCUGGUCACCAUAACAACAUCACCUAAAUGAAAAUGCUGGGUGCUCGCUUUCCUUUAAGAGGUUAAAUCACUGUCAAAUGGUUUAACCCCAAAGGCUUCCUCCAGCUCCAGGUCGCUCAGUGGUAUAUGGCUUCUGAAACAGAGUGUCAGGAAGUGCAGAUUGUCGUCAGGCAUGGGUGCCGCUGAUUGGCUAGAGUGGACAGUUGACGCUAGAAGCCAAUCGCUAGUUCCCGGUUCAUAAAAUAUUUUUACUUUUUUUAUGAAUGGGGAGCUACUGAUUGGCUUAGAGUGCCAGCUGACCGCUCUAGCCAAUCAGCAACAACCCUACCCAACGGCACUCUGUGCUUCCUGACACUCAGUAAAUAAAAGGGAAAACAUUAAUACUGAUAUUUUUUUACCUUUGGAGAUGAGAAGGUCCAGCGUUUCCCUGCCUGGCCCAGGUACCAAAGCCUUAUGAUGUGGUGUCCAGGAUAAAGUGGAGGGUUCACUUCAUUUGUCCUUCCUGCUCCAAUCUCCUUUUCCUCUCCUUCAUUUGACAGUCUUUUUUUUUUCUUCUGACACUGUUUUCUAUCCUUGACCUUUCUGCUACUUUCUGCUUAUUUUGCGCCCUUCUGCUCCUUUCUCAUUCUGAUCCCUUUCUGCUCCUUGCAGACCCUUUCUGCCCCCUUUUCUACUUUAUCUUUGUGCUCAUUGCUGUCCCUUUCUGUUCCUUCUCCUACUUUACCUUUGUGCUCCUUCUGAUUCUUUCUGCUCCUUUACCUUUGUGCUCCUUCUUGCUCCUUGCAGGCCCUUCCUGCUCAUUCUCCUAUUUUACCUUUGUGCUCCUUCUGCCCCUUCCAGCUCAUUUCUGACCCUUUCUGCUCCUUCUACUUUACCUUUGUGCUGCUUUACCUUCCAGCUCCUUGCUGACCCUUCCUGUUCAUUUCUGUUCCUUUGUGCUCCUUCUCCUACUUUACCUUUUGUGCUCCUUGCUGUCCCUUCCAGCUCUUUGCUGCCCCUUUCUGCUCCUUGAUGUCCCUUCCUGCUCAUUUCUGUUCCUUCUCCUUUUCUUACUUUACCUUCCUGCUCCUUGCUGACUCUUCAUGUAGGCUGUCUCCCCCAUCCCUCACUUCCAUAGGCGUGCGCACGGGGUGUGUCGGGUGUGCAUGGGCACACCCUAAUCCCCGCAGCACGCCAAUGGAUUGAGACCGGCAGGGGAGAUCUCUGGAUCUCCCCGGUCGGCUCAUGCAGAGCCGACGCUAUCCGAGCGGUGGCUCUGGUCUAAGCCUCCAUGGGCCGGUGGGGAGAUCAAAGUUCUACUUCACCAGUCCACAGCAGCAUGGAGGGAGGCAGCAGAGAACCCGGGCUAGAGUUCACUCUCCACUGAACCACCAGGGAAGGCAGCAGGACUGGGAUAUUAACUAAUCUGCCCCCACCUCCACCCAAGCAUACAGCACACACACACAGCACCUACACACAGCACACACAACCCACAAACAGCACCCACACACAUACAUCACCCUCGCACACACAGCACCCACACACACCCAGCAUCCUCACAAACACACAAAACACACACACAACACCCGCACAGCACCCACACACAAACAGCACACACACACAAACAGCACCCUGACAAACACACAGCACACACACACAGCACACUAACAGGACCCGAACAAACACACACACACAAACACCCUCUCACACACACACACACAGCACACUACCAGUUUUCUCACACACAGCACACAAACAGCACCCUCACACAUAGCACACUAACAGCACUCUCACAAACACACACAAAAACACCCUCACCCACACAGCACACUACCAGCACCCUCACACAGCAGUGUAUAUAUAUGUAUAUAGUAUGUCCUGAUGAAAGCUCCCUAGUGGAGCUGAAACGUUGAUUUAUCUUUACACAGUAAAAGCUGUUAAAACUCCUUGAGUGCCGGUCUUUCCACUUUCUACAAUUGAGCUACCAGAGCACCAGGUAAAAUAUAUCUUUUUAUUGGAGUGCAGGGGUUUGACAUAUUUUUUAUAUAUAUAUAUAUAUAUAUAUAUAUAUAUAUAUAUAUAUAUAUAUAUACAUACAUAUACACACACACAUACAUAUACAUAUGGCGUGUGUUUGUGCUUUAGGGUGCACACCCUAAUGCAAUAGGCUGCGCACGCCUUUGCUCACUCCCCUAAUCUAUAGGCUGCUGCCCCCCCAAAUCUAUAGGCUGCUGCCCCCCAAAACCUAUAGGCUGCUGCCCCCAAAUCUAUAGGCUGCUGCCCCCCAGCCUCACUCCCUAAUCUAUAGGCUGCUGCCCCCCCCAAAAAAAUCUACAGGCUAUCUCAAACCCUCCCCUCACUCCCCUGAUCUGUAGGCUGUCUCUGGCCCCCCAUCCCUCAGUCCCCUGAUCUGUAGGCUCUCUCUGGCUGCAUGUGUUGCUCCCCUGCGGUUUCAAUCAGCAGAGAGAAGCAGGGAUAAGAUGCAGCUUCCUAUCCCUGGCUCUCUCCAUACACAGCGCCGGUAUUGCAGUUCAUUUUAAAUCUCACACGAAAAAUAUAAGAACAAGCUGAAAAAUCCAAUCCCCUGCGGACGCCCAUGGGUGUAGGAAAUGUACACAAGACAAACCUUGACUUAUGUUUUAAAGAAAACUAGAUCAGAAAUGAAGAUAAGGAGAACAGAUUCUGAGAGAGGAUGAGAAGAGAGGAUGAGAAGAGGAAAUGAUGGGGGAAAGGUAAGUUCAGCGUGACAGUGCCGCUUUAAGUAACAAAUUAUUUUGUUUUAAAGGAUGUCUCAAGUAGUAAAAAAAACAGAUGGGAAUUAAGGCAGACAUUAUUUGGUAGUUUUGUGGAAUAUUGAUGAAGGUAUGUACUGAUCAAAGAUCCAGCACAUAGCCAGGUUUUUUUUUUAAAUUUUUCUGACAAAUUCUGGGAUCCUUGUGUUGCUGCUACUGUUUACAUGUAUUUUCAGUAUUUAGAGUGCCUUUCUAACGAUCUGCCUCACCUCUGUAUUUAACAACCUGAAAUCGUGGUGGUAGUAUAAUAACUCCAUUAUUAAUUCACCUGUCCAUACUAUAAUAUCCAUUUUCUAAUAGAUCUGUAUUCUCAAAAUGGCGGCUGCAUACAUAUGGUGCUUUUUAUAGCCCUCAAAAUGUCAUAGAUCUUCUGAAACUCAGGUUUUAGUAUCUUACAGGUGGCAAGGUUUAAGACUAUUUAGUAUAAUCUAGCAAUCUAGAGAAGACAUCAGCUGGGGAAGGGAGCAUUGAGAAUGCUUUUACUGUAUGUCUACUGUAUGGUUUUACGAUGUUGAGCAGCAGAUAGUUUAUUGUUAAUCUUACUAUCCAAUAUUUUGGUUUCUUUUACCAAUGCAGAACAUUUGGAAAGCAAUUCUAAGCAAUGUUGCUGUGAUUGAGGAUACUACAGACUUUUUUAAAUCUGGAGCAGCAUCUAUGGAUGUAGUCAGGUGAGUAGGGCAUGCUUGUAGACAUUUUAGCUUUUCCUGAGUCACUACCUAUUCCCUUCCUUUCUUGUAGUUUGAAGUUCUGUCAAUGCUCUAGUGAAGGUAUAUAGUCCAAAAGGUUUUUUUUUUCCGUAAUAACCCUCCUAAAGGUACAAAUUAAUUACCUAAACCAGACCUUAGAAUGGCGGGACUGAAAGUAAUAAAAAGAGAAUAGUCAAAACCAAGCCCAAGUCAAAGGGAGCCAGAGAACAACCAAAACGAAAUACCAUAACGGAGUCAAGGGAACCAGAAAUCAGAGUAGUCAGGGAAAAGCCGAAUAAAAAUCAUAAUAGCAAAAAACCCAAAUACAAACGCACUCUUGAGACAUUAGUAAACUAGGAUCUACAACAGGGCACUGAAACACCUGCUAAAUGUGCUUUUAUAUGUUUGGGAGCAUGAUUGAUGUUGUCACGCCCCCAAAACGUGAGAGGGCGCCUGUAAAUCCCGCCCAUAGUACUGCCCAUCGGCUGACGUCAGCACGCGUCAUAAAAGGGGGCGUGCACACAGCGUCUGGGAGACUAGCCAAUCGGGCAGGAAGACUGGAGGAAGCGGUCCGCCCGAUCAGAGAAAGAGCUGAUCGUCAGAUCGCCAAGGUACCGUAAGUAUUGGAUCCCUUACAAUAUUUUUCAUGUUUGUGUAAAAAGUGGUGUAUAACACUGGAAACAUUCACGUGAAUGGUUACAAAUAAUGUCCCCUUAGUUUUCUUAUGAUUUUAUGUUACAAUAUGCAAUGUUUAUUAACUGGAGUUAUUAUUAUAUAAAUAGGAUUAAAAAGUUUGACAACAAUCCUGUCCGCCCGCACCGCCUACGCCUUACCCCUCUGUCAGUCCCUGUAUUGGCUUCCUGUAAGAUAUAGGGCACAAUUUAAAAUUCUGGUUCUUGCAUUCAACUCUCUACAUAAUGCUGCUCCCACCUAUCUAUCCUCCCUAAUACACAAGUAUGUCUAGUCGAGGCCCCUACGCUCGGCCGAAGACCUACGUCUAACCUCUGUUCGUACUCCUACCUCUGAUGCUCGCCUUGAAGACUUCUCUAGGGCUGCAUCGUUCCUGUGGAACUCCCUUCCCUAUUUCCUUUAGACACUCACCCAAUCUCCAUUCCUCUAACAUCCAGUCAUCUUGUAGUCAGGAGCAAUUGACUGAUGUUCUUCAAUGUUCAUUAUUUCAAAGGUUAGUUGAGGAGAUCAAACAGAAAUUUGGAGGACUAGAACUUCAGAAUGAAGAUGUCUACAUGGCAACCACAUUUCAGGAUUUCAUACAGAUGGUUGUAAGAAAAUCAAGAGGGGAAGGAAAAGAGGAAUUAAUAAUAGAUUACGUAAGUUGGAAUUUAGUAUUAUCUGUGAAAUAAGAUGAAUGUGUUCAAAUAAAUAUAGAAUUAAACUUUGGUAGAAAACAUUAAUUUCCCUAAAUUUUCGAAGAUCCAGAGUUGUUGGGUUUUUAAAAACAUUUUUUUUAUGUAUUUCAGUUUCUGAGCCCAUUGUACCUCAUCCAAAAGCUCAGAAUCACGUAUUCAUGAAAUCAAGGAUAUGUCCUACCACGUGUAAUGAAUACACACUGGAAAAAAAUACAAUUAUGCAAAAUUAGUUUUUAUUCUAACAUUAAUGUUAACAAUUAAUGUUAAUUAGCACUUAAGAUCUAUAAUCUUGAAUUUACUUUUUUAAAUGUUGUAUGUGAACAAAAAGAAAAAAAAUAAUGUGUUGAUAAAUAAUGACUGCCGGCCUUGCCCUGCCAAGGGUGAUAUGCACAUAAUUUUAUCAUUCUGACGGUUUUUAGCCAUGAUUUAUUGGGUAAGAGUGUUAAUGGAAACCAAAACAAAUGCAACCCUUGAUAUUUUUAUCAUAUCAAUCUAGUAUUCCAAGGGUGUCGUAUGUCACAGUGCUAUGCAGCCUAUAAGAAAUCACCCACAAAAAAUAAGAGGUAGUAUACAUCUUAACCUUGCUUGAUUUAUUUGUUUCCUGUUGGAGCAAAUAAAUUAUACAUACCGCUUUGGAUCGCACUUUUCAUUUUCUGUCCAUCAAAUAAGUUAUAUAUAUCCAAAAGAACGUAGUGAAUAUGAUGACCCUAUAUGUAACUGGUAACAUUUUUGGUAUUAGUUAGAAUAAUAUAUGAAGUAAGAGGUUCCAGAAUCGAGAGACCAUGAUGAUGACCGUAAUAGAAAUACAUGAAUAGGUAAACUAAAUAGGCGCAAGUCAAACUGCUAAAGCAUGUGCCUUCAUGUGCACCCAACUAUUGUGAAAGGUAUUUAAAGGGACCCUACAGUCACGAAAAAACAACUUUAGCAUGUUUUUAUGGCAUUCGCUAUUUACGUUUCAAGUAGAUGAUAUAUGAGAUAUUUCUAUACAAGUGUCACACAACCAGUGUUUUGUUUCAUAUUCAUUUCUUAACCUUGACUUGUUUUGAUGACUCUUGAAGAUAGACAGGUUAAAGGGGAACUGUCACGUCACAGGAUUUUAUUUUUAUAAAUCUAGGGUUAUUCACUAAAGUGAGAAUUAUCAGGAUUUUCAAGUGAAUGUCAUGUUUUAGACCAAAAUAGUUGAAUUGGAAGUGUAGCUCAGUAGAGGAUUUUUUUUGCCCAUUCAUCUAUUUUUACCUUAAAGGGACAGCUGGCACCGAGACCACUUCAGCUCAUUGAAGUGAUCUGAGUGCCAUGCCACUUAACCCUACAGUGGUAAUUAUUGCAGUUUCUGAGAAACUGCAAUAAUUACCUUGCAGGGUUAAGUCCUCCUCUAGUGGCUGUCUACAAGACAGCCACUAGAGGGACUUCUGGGUGCUUAGAUGACUUUUAGUCAUCUAAAUGACGCUGGACGUCCUCGCGCUAUGCAUAAGGACUUCCAGCGUCACCAGAAUCCCCAUAGGUAUUUUAAUACUUUCACAGUGUAUUGGCACAAUAAGCCCUUUAAUUGGCUAUUUACAUAUCUAUGUGAUGAGUUAUUGCACUUUAUAUUAAAGCACUUUUUAAAUGUAAUAUUUGCACAGUAUUUUAGCACAGUUUUUUUUUUUGCAAUAUUAAGGUUAUUGUAUUGCAUGAUAUUUUUUGGCACAAUUUUCAUCUGCAAUAUUGUGGUUAUUGCAUGAUAAAUUAUUGGCACAAUUCUCAAAGGCACUUCGCACUUUAUUUUUUGGUUUGAUAAGCAAAGAAAUGGUUAAUUAACCCUUUUUUCGCUAUGGAAUGGGGCCCUAGUCACCUAUAGAGUUAGGAAUAUUUAUAUUCCUAACGCUAUAGUGUUCCUUUAAAUGUCACAAUUUGGUUUUAAGUUCUCAACAAUUCAGUAUGUAUUGAUUAAAGCCCAAAUUAUUUACAUGAUAAUACAGUCUGUAUAGUUCUAAUUUCUGAUAACACUAAUGUUGUUUCAGCUGUAGUUAACUAAAAAAUCUUUUUUGUUGCCUAUUGUAUUCACAAGGUUAAAAAUAAAGAUUAGUAACUUCAUACAACUAAGAGGGAGGCUGCAAAAUACACUACACAUCUUACAAAAGUAUACAUUUUGAAUUUAUAUGAAAGAUAUAUAAUUAAUAAACCAUUGAGAGCCAAGGUCUAGUAAUCCUAUUGCUUUUUUUAAGGUUACAAAAGAUGUUAACAAUAUGACCGUGAAAAUGCCUCACCAGUGUUUUAUUAAUGGCCAAUUUGUGGAUUCAGAGGAUGGAAAAACAUACGAUACCAUAAACCCAACUGAUGGUUCUGUAAGUAUGGCUUUCAUCAUCCUGUUAUUUUUUUCCCCCAAUGAACAUUCACCUAUCACAUUCAAUAGUAAAUAUCUUACCUUUCAAUGUGUGUUCUCUCCUAGAUAAUCUGCAAAAUCUCGUAUUGCUCUGUAGCAGAUGUCGACAAAGCCGUUUCUGCAGCAAAAGAUGCUUUUGAAAUUGGUGAAUGGGGUAAAAUGAAUGCGAGAGACCGAGGCAGGAUACUGUACAGGUUGGUGUGCAAUACUGUAUUACUUGUAUACAACUAAUGAUUGCAUUGAUUGCUUUCCUUUAAGUGCAUGUUAGUCAUAUUUGUACAUUACCUAAUAAAUUAGUGAUUGACAAAAAGGCGGUAGUAGCAAGUAAAAUAGCGUUUUACCUUUUUUAUAUGUCAAUGGUGAGAGCCAGUCUGAAUAUACAUCGACAGAUUAGGUACCAGUUCCUAAACUGGAUAUUAAGUUUAUUAAAUAAAUAGAUUUAUAAAGUUAAUUAAAUAAAUAGAUUUUACUAAAGCAGUUCUUAAAGGAGAUUGCACGAUCAUAGUUAAAGCAUUGUCAGGAAUUCAAAGUGUAUUUCAAAUUAAAGGCCAAAAAAGCUGAUCUGAAAACAUAGCUGAAAUUGAGAACGUGACUUUUUAGUGUAAAAUGUGAAAUUUAUUUUAAAUUGAUUUUGGAUUUUCAUCAAUUCAGUUUGCUGAAUAAUUAUGUGUGUGUUAUAUACUUGUAAUGCUUGUAUGAAGGGCUAAGACUGACGCAUUAACAGGGUUAUUUACUAAAGUGAGAAUUUUUCAGAAUUAAAAUUGAAUUUCAAAUUUAAAGGGACGCUAUGGUCACCAGAACAACUACAGCUUAUUGUAUAUGUUUUGGGGAGUAUAAUCAUUCCCUUCAGGCUUUUUGUAGUAAACACUAUCUUUUCAGAGAAAAGGCAGUGUUUACGUUAGCCUACUGACACCUCCAGUUUCCACUCCUCAGAUGGCUGCUAGAGGUGCUUUCUGUGGCAGUGCUGCACAAUAUGCACUAUUGCCAUUCAGUGUCUAUUCCCUCUGCAUGGAGACACUGAACUUUUCUCAUAGAGAUCCAUUGAUUAAAUGCGUCUCUAUGAUGAACUGCUGAUUGGCCAGGGCUGUGUUUGGCUUGUGCUGACUCUGCACCUGUUCUGCCUCCUUGACAUGCUCAGCCAAUCCUAUGGGAAAGCAUUGUAAUUCGCUCAGAGAGCAGGCAGAUCAGAGGCAGAGCCAGCAGCAGCAGGCUGCAAUACAAGUAAGCUUUUACUAUAUUUAGGGAGGCAGGGGGCUGGAUGGUGGUUUUACACUAUAGGGUUAAAAAUACAUGUUUGUGUUCCUGACCCUAUUGUGCUCCUUUAAAGCGAAACUGGAAGAAUGGCUGACUUGGAGAAUGUUUCCAGUUCAACUAUAUGUUAUUCACUUUCAAUACCCGAUGUGUGUCACUUUAAUAAAUUACUCAGCAAUGGUUAGUCCAAUCUUCCCUUUUCUCUGCAAUAAAGCUAAGGAUGCAUCUGUGGACAUUUCAGGUAAGGGUCAUUCAGCAAAAACAAAGGGAAAGAUUGAAAAAUCACAGUGAUAAAACAGUGGUAUCCAUGUAGGGAAAUAAAACCAUUAAACAAAUAACAAGAACGAUAUAUGGGCCUGAGCUGGUUAAACUAACUUUUAACAUAAUGGACAUUAUAUAAAGGUGAUAAAAUAUGCAAUGUGUCAGGGAUAUGCAAAGUAUGACUAGCAUAGGCUGUAGUUACAAAGACAUGGGAAUAUAUACAUUGAUAAUAAGAAAAGAAAAUAAUACUAAAUAUAAAACCACCCACAACAGAAAUAACAGGGUAUGUAAAAUAUAAUGAAAUGGUGGUACUCCAGAAGGCUACCUGUUGCAUAUGACAGUAGGACAGCUGAUGGAGCUCUGUUUUGCUUGCAAGUCUGGGGCUGGAUAGAUUUUAAAUCAGGCUGUUGCAUUUUUUUUAUCUCAAAAAUGUUCUUUCAAUUUGAUUGUUAAAGAGAUGCUAUAGUCACCAAAACAACUUUAGCUUAAUGAAGCAGUUUUGGUGUAUGGAUCAUACCCCUGUUGUUGAUGCAGCCCUGGUCACACCUACCCACAUGUGACUUACACGGCCUUCCUAAACACUUCCUGUAAAGAGUCAUCUAAUGUUUAUACUUCCUUUAUUGCAAUUUCUGUUAAAUUUAGAAUUUCUUAUCUCCUGCUCUGUUAUUAGCUUGGGAGACCCUGCAGUAGACUAAUGUGUAUGAUUAAAGUUAAAUUUGCAGAGCAGUAGAUAAAAACUUUUAAAGUAAGUAACAUCUGAUUGAAAGUAAAGCCAUUUACCAUAGCCAUAAACAGAAACAAAAGCGAUUUAACUCCUAAAUGGCAGAGAACUGAGCUGUGAAACUUCAGAGGCAUUAUCUAUACACAAAAACUUAUUCAUUAAGCUAAAGUUGUUUUGGUGAUGUAAUGUCCCUUCAAUUUAUGUAUUUAUUUAUGUAUGGAUUGAGGAAAUUAUUUGUGAUUUUAAUGUGGCCUUGACAUUUGUACACUGGUCUGGGAGUAAAUGAAAAUAAAUAUGGAAAAUUAAAUUACAUACUUACUUAGUAAUUUUCUUUUCCUGGCUAUUUAUCAUGGCAGCAACACUAAUGGGUAGCUCCGCUCCUACCCAGAUCAGGACAAGAUAAACCAAAAAAAAAAAAGAGAGAGAGAGAACGAGGCUGAAGGCAUAAACGGUCCCUCCUCCUUCCAUACCUCAGUCAAGUUAAAAAGAAAGAAGGGUGGGUGACUGAUGCUGCCAUGAUAAAUGCAAGGAAAAGAAAAUUACUAGGUAAGUAUGUAAUUACAUUUUCCACAUUUUCCUAAUCAUGGCAGCAUCACUAAUGGGUAAUAACCAAGCAGAAACCUUGAAAGGGAGGGAAAACAAAUUGAAUAGACACAGACUCAUAUUGCUGCAAACUAUAUCUAAUUUUUAUUAUGCAUGUUAACUGCAGAGAAGACUCCUCUCCCAAAGGAAGUAGUCGUAGAAUGAAGACCCAGUUUGUAGUGCUUAAUUAAGGUUGUUGGAGUGGACCAAGAAGCUGCCCUGCAGAUGUCAUCCGGAGGAACCUCUAUCCAAUUAGCCCAAGAUGUAGCCAGGGAUUUGGUAGAGUGAGCUCUGAUCUUGGCCGGAGGCGUUAGCUUGUUCCGAAGGUAGGAGUCUGUUAUGACAGAAGCUAUCCAUCUCCUUAAGGUAGAGGAAGAUGCUGCUUCACCCUUAUGAAGGCCAGAUGGAAGGAUAAAUUAUUUUUUGUUUUUUCUGAAGUCCGAAGUAACAGGAACUUAAUGAGAAGUUCUCUCACAUCGAGAGAGAACCACUUCCUGGAGAAGAUGAAAUCUAGAAACGACUUUAGGAAGGAAGUCUUCAAUAGGUCUUAGGAUCACUUGAUCAUGAAAAAUAUGAAUGUGUGACUCAUCACUAGAGAAUGCCUGGAGUUCCGAAAUUCUCUUGUUUUUUUGAGACCGCCACCAGGAACUCUGUUUUAUCAGUGAGGCGUUUAUUGGAGAUAUCCUGCAGAUGUGCAUAGGGAUAUUCAGUUAAAGUAUUUAGGACCAUUGGUAGAUCCCAUGGAGGAGCUGUGUUUUUAGCUGGAGGGCGCAAGUGUAAUGCUGCCUUAAAGAACCUUGAGAUGAGAGGGUGAGAAGCCCAUGAGGUAUUACAAAGGGCUAAUAGAGCUGAGGACUGCACCUUCAAAGUGCUGAGGCCUUUGUCCAGGCCUGCCUGUAGAAAUUCCAGAACAUGGAGGUGAGUACAGUGUAGAGAAUCAAAAGACUUUGCCACAGCCCAUUUUUGAAAGGUUUCCCAAAUUCUGUAAUAGCAGGCAGAGGUAGACUGUUUCCUUGUCUUCAGGAGAGUAUUAAUUACUGCUUCGGAUAGGCUCUGGUUAUGGAGGAAUCCCCUUUCAAUAGCCAGAUCAAUAGUCUAGAUUCCAGCUGGAUGGGUUGGAUUGAAUCGCUGGACCCUGGAUGAGAAGGUCCAGGGAGAUUGGAAGUAACCAAGGAUGGGUCAGAGACAUUCUCAAAGUCUCCUGGGCCAGAUCUCCUUCUUCCCUGGGGAGGAAGACAUACCCCAGGUCGAAGUUCCAAGGGUGGAAAAGGGCGUCUUGACUGAAAGCUAGAGGGUCCUUGGAGAGGGAAAAGUAGCUGGUCACCUGAGCAUUCCUUCUGUUGGCCAUUAGGUCUAGCUGGGGCAUGCCCCAACUCUUCGUCAGAGCCCAUAAAACUCUGGAGUUCAAGCUCCACUCGCCUGGUAGUAUUUGAGUUCUGCUGAGAAAAUCUGCCAGAAUAUUUUCCGUCCCUGGGAGGUAGAUUGCUUUUAUCCCCUUGAUAUUAACUUGCGCCCAGGACAUCAGUGGAGUAAUUUCUUGUAAGAGAAGUUUGCUUCUUGUGCCUCCUUGGUAAUUUAUAUAUGCAGCCACUGCUCUGUUGUCCGUCUGUAUGGAUAUCCAAUGGCUCUUGAGAGCCCCAUGGAGUCUCUGUAAUGCAAUGUAUAUGGUCCUCAAUUCCUGCAGAUUUGAGUGGAAGUACCUUUCUGAUGGGUUCCAAGUGCCUUGAAUAGGACUUGUAUAGUGUGACGAGAGGCUUCCUGAAGGGAUGGAGCAACUAUUAAUAUGUCGUCUAGAUAGUGAAACAUGACUAGUCCUUGUUUUCUUAGAUGUGCUUUAAGAGCCACUAAGAUUUUUGAGAAGGUCUUUGAGGCAAGGCUUAAGCCAAAAGGCCUCUGAAUUGGAAAUGCUGUCCUAAUAUAUGAAAUUGGAGGCAAUGUUGAUGUUGGGAAUAAUAGUGGAUAUGGAUUCCAUCUUGAAUGAUAGACAUUUCGGAAAUAUGUUAGUGUUUUUCAGAUCUAUAAUUAGUCUCCAUUUCCCGUUGGGUUUUGGGGCCAAGAACACUGUCAAAUAGAUGCCUUUGUAUCUUUCUGAAAGAGGUACCUCUUCUUUGACACCCUGGAGAAGUAGUUUUUUUGACACCUGCUAUCAAGGCUUCUCCUUUUUCCCCCGAGUGUUUUCUAGACCCUAAUGAAGGAGUCGAAUUAGAUUCUGUAGCCUUGAUCUAGGAUAAACUUGUCCCAUGAGUCUGAAAUAUUUGUGGCCCAGACAGAUCGGAAAUUAUUAAGUCUUACUCCUAAGCAGUCUGUGUGGGCCUGUAAACCUUCAGAAGUUUUUAGAAGGAACUCUAGAUCCCCUCCCUCUGUUGGUUUAGAGGAAGAGGAAGGAGGUUGAUAGGAUCUCCAAGAUGCAUAUCUGUUAUAUACUUUCCCUAGGUAAGGACUUGUCAAAUCUCUUAUCUUUCCAUGAGUUCGAGUAUGCGUUGAGUUAGGAAAGCUUUCUUACUGUCUGCAGCUUUUUAGAUGGCUUCAUAGAGGACUUUUCCAAAGAGGAGAUCACCCUAGAAGGGAAGAGCACAAAGGAAAAGAGGACUUUUCCAAAGAGAUCACCCUGGAAGGGAAGAGCGCAAAGGGAUAGAGGACUUUUCCAAAGAGGAGAUCACCCUAGAAGGGAAGAGCGCAAAGUGAUAGAGCACUUUUCCAAAGAGGAGAUCACCCUGGAAGGGAAGAGCGCAAAGGGAGGCUUUUGAAGAGUAGUCAGCUCCCCAACAGUGUAGCCACAGGGCUCUUCUGGGUGAGACCGAUAAUGCCAUGCUUUUGGAAAUCAUCUUGGAUAUAUCCAGGGAAGCUUCGGAACUUAAGUCCGCUGCGAGUCUAAAGUCCCUAAGGUUGUCCAGAAGGGUUUCUCUUCUUACACAUCUUUGGAUAUCUUCUUCCUGACAUGGUUCUCACCGUGACAUCUAGACGGCCAGAUGUGGUCGACCCCAGAAGUGCCCAACAGGGGAUUUGGACCUGGGUACUUUGCGGUCCUGGGCCUACUUUACUGCCUUUCUGCCACCGCAUUUCUAGCUCUGUCCUACCUGGCUAUGUUUCCAGCACUAGGGGGCUGGACUUUUCCUGUGACUGCUCCUGUCUAUCUCAGCCCACCUGAAGUAGAUGCCAAAUCAGCCAGGUAUAAAACACUGCCUCUCUCUGAGGGCAGUGUCAGUUCAUUGACUUUGGUUCCUAUAUUUGUGUUCUUGAUUCAGUGUUCUCCAGACGGCUCCUGACCUUAGUUUAUCUUAUUGUUACGGUUGACCCCAGGCUGGCUGAGGGUUGGACAGCUUAGAUAUCCUGAUUCCCGAUCCUGGAGAGUAAUAACGAAGUUCCAAACAUCAUUCAGCGAUAAUCCGGAAAGUGUGAAGACAUCCAGCUAGCUAUAGAUAGCUAGUAUAAAGCAUUUCCCUACAACACGAGUCGAGGCUGCGAGUUGAGGGUAAGGAGACUGAUUUAUUUAUUGGCAAUGCACUGUUUAAAUACACAUUUUCAGGCCAGAGGAACACCCCUCUGGACCUGAUGGUACACAUGGUGACAAAGAGCAGCAGCCAAUAAGGAGAAAGUGCAUUCUUUCAAAUCCUCCCCUUUAGCCUGGAGAUAAUUAGUCCCAACGGUUACAGUAAUUCAAUUCAAUCUCCAGGUACAUGCAAUAUUGUAACUUUUAGACAUACAAGAAAAUUGAAUAAAAAUAUGUAACUUUUACACCAUGACUUUUACUUGUCACAUUCAACCUAUCCCCAGACAGCUGGGAUCUGAGCUGUCUAAUAUACGAAAAGCGCUCAGAUCUCAUGAAUGGUAUGGGAAUGCCAUGUGGGUAAAGAUUGUCCUGAAGGCUGUUUGGCAGUUAUUAGUCCAUGACCCCCCGGUCAUAGUGUCCUGCAAGGAGUCGGUAUACUCUAGGUAGUUUUAAAAUACCGAACGGCACUCUCUUUGGUAUUUUAUGUACAUAACGGACGGAGGUUGAGAAGUUCCAGCGGGGUUCGCAUGAAAUGAUAGCUGAAAAGAGUACCAGGCGUUUGACGACCAGGUUCCGCUGGGCGUUCGACAGUCAAAGAUGGCCCCGCCAUGUGUUCAUACAUACGAACGACGACCACCCUGUCGAUAGGCAAUUAGGCUGCGGUUAACCACAAAAUCGCAGCUUGUGGGUGGUUAACCAGGGGCAUACUCCUCAGGUAGGGUGUCGAUCGUUCGACAGCUGAUUCAGUAGUUGGUUUGACACUCAUACGAAUGGCGCCCACCCCGUCGAUGGGCAAUUAGGCUGCGGUUAACCAAAAAAAUGCAGCUUCUGGGUGCUUAACCGGGGACACACUCCUCAGCCAGGGGGUCAGCCGUUCGACAGUUUGUUCGGUAUUGUGAGAGGUGAACGGGGUUAAGUGGCAGCACACGCCAAGGGCCGGGUGGUCGGUCAUUCGUACAUACGAAUGACCUGUAAUAGUUUUUCAGUAAAUAAGCAACAAAGUAACAAAAUUAGUAAGAUUGUAGCAGACAGAGGGGACUUUGUAACACUUAUUGUUUAUCCUGACCCCUGGCAUCCUCUGACUUUGGCUUAUCCUCGACAAUCCUCCUGCUUGUGUCCUUGCCUGUACUGCAACUUAGAGCUAUAUCCUGCACAGCCCCCGUGCACUGACUCACAGCCCAGGUGGCUUCUUACCAGGUCACCUUGGUCUGUGUUUAUUUGCAAGGGUGAGCAUAUAACUUCCCUUAAAUAUGCCAUGGAGUCAAUGGGAAGCGUAGUACGUUUUGCAAUUUUUGUUUCUCAGCCGCAUCUAUUUUGGGGGUUGCAGUCCAAGUUUUGCAAUCCUUGGAGGCGAAGGGGUAAAUUCUUGGAUUCUUAUUUUUUAGUGUAACAUUCUUCUCUGAUCAGGCGCAUUCAUUAAGGAUCAAAUCCUUGAUAGAAGGAUGCACUGGAAAUGAGGGUUUGGAAGAUCUGAGGUCUUCUAAAUAUUUGUCGGAUUCUUGGGAUUCUGUCUUUUCUUGCUGUAAUUUUAGGGUAUUCCUUAUUAGGAUAAAUAGAUAAGCUUCUCAACAGAUUUGGAGUCUAAGGGUUUAGGGCCAUACUCCGUAUCCUCCUCCUCUUUGGCAUAAAUAUCCUCGAAGGAGUCCAGCUCAGAUUCAGAUGAGGGAGAAGAGGAUUCAGCGGUAUGACGUUUUCGAGAAUAGGUGUGUUUUGUAGAAGCCUGAAGCCUUCAGCUAUGGCUUGGGAUAUCCAGGUUUUUAGUUCUUCUUGAGGGGAAGUUCUUCUUUUCCUUGGCUGGAUGUCUGCCACUUCUGAUAUACAGGUGAGGCAUAUGUUUUUACCCUCUAGAGCAGUCUUGUUGCAGGCAAAGCAGUGAUUGGAUUUUUUUCCUUAUGUUUCUGGGGGAUCUAUCCUCACUCAUGCUUGGGCUGCAAAAUAAGAAGGGCCAUGUAAGUAACUAUGUAGCCCGUUUGGCACUCUUUCAAUUCCCUUAUAUACAUAAAAACAUUGGCUCACCUAUGUUUCUUUGAACCUGAGCUAUGAGAGGCAGAGGGAGAAGACCUUUAUAAAAAGGAAUAAAGGUUGUGAAGUGAGAAGACUGUUAUUCCCGGGAAUUUAUUUAUAAUCUAUGACUAUUAAGAAAUUGGAAGAUAAGAAUAUAGUCUUGCCUUAAGUCGAGUAAGAAAAUACCCAGUCAGUACUGAAGAUAAUUCUUUAGGAACAGAAGCGCUUGUCACUUUAAGAUUCUUUAGGAAACCUGUAACUUUAAGAGAGGAAAUUUGCGCAUACGCAGACUGUUCGGGAGAACGCUGAGCCAUUCGCGCCCUCUCUCUAGUUCAGUUCGCGCCAAACUGAGUGAACAGGUAUAAACGAACUGAAGCUAGCCGGGGAAUCCCUUUGAAUGCAAAAUUAGACGAACAGACAGGGAAACAAGUGAACAUCAAACUCCCGAACAAGGAAUUCCGCCGACCCGUGAGUACAAGAAAUGAGGAAAAGGUAGAAAUAGGAGAAAAAACUCCAGAAUGAAGAGGAAAAAGGUCUAUCUCCAAGAUUGCCUCAAGGUUCAGUAGGGGGAAUAUGUAAGGCUUCUGAAUUUCCAAUUGAGCCAUAGUCAUCAGCAUGUUGUAUGUUCAUCCACAUGGCAGAUUCAAAUAACUAAUUUGAAUCUGACCCAACUAGUCCUGCUCACGCAGGCUGUUUACUGGGUCAUUCAGGCACAGCGAGGCUGAACUGUGCCUGGGAGACCUAUGGUGCACAUAGGAAGGUGGUCAAAAAGAAAAUAGUGUACAUUUAAAGCUGUCUUGUCCGGUUAAGGACAGAAAAACAGACUGAGUUUUGGAAGGAGGAGGGACCUUUUAUGCCUCUAGCCUCGUUCUCUCUCUCUCUUUCUCUCUCUCUCUCUCUCUUUUUUUUUAAAUUGGUUUAAUCUUUCCUGAUCUAGUUAGGGGCCGAGUUUCCCAUUAGUGAUUCUGCCAUGAUUAGCCAGGAAAUUCUGAUUUUAACAGAUUAUUUUGCAAAAUAAAACGUGCAGACCUCGUUAAUAAAAACGUCCAAGUGAAAAAGAAAAAAAGAAAAGAAAAAAGAAUUCUUGCUAAUAGAGAUUUACAGCUUAUGAUCAACCAUAUUGUGACAUGAUUAAAUCCUUUAGUAGUAUAGUAUGAGAUGGAAGUUACACAGAUUUUUUUUUUUGAUUUUUUUUUAAAGAAAACUCUAAACUCCAAUGCCAAUAGACCACAUUAGUUUGAUUUUAAUAGGAAAUUGAUUUUUUUAUUGAUUUGUUUUUAAUUUUAAAUGCAAGACUUGCUGACCUUAUGGAAGACCAUCAGGAGGAGCUAGCAACGAUCGAGGCCAUAGAUUCAGGAGCAGUGUAUACACUGGCACUAAAGACCCACGUGGGAAUGUCAGUACAAACCUUUAGAUACUUCGCUGGUUGGUGCGACAAAAUUCAGGUAAGAUGCUUCCUCAUUAAUAUAUCCCAUUACAUAAACAUUACACGUUAUUUCUUUAUUAUUUUAUAUGUAUUGUUACAUACUUAAUCAGUUAUUGAUCACCAGUAUUUUUAUGCAGCUGUUUUUAUAUGUGUAUACAAGGGAACACAUAUGCAAAUAUACUUAUAUGGUAAUUUAUUUACAUUUUUUAUAGAUAUUUUAUGGAUUAUAAGAGAAAAUAUAUUCCUCCCUACCAUAAUUUUCUUUUCCUGGCCAUAGGGCAUGGCAGCACAACAAUGGUUAGCUGUAUUACUGUCAGAAUCACAUUAAUUACAACUUCUAUCUGUAUGCUGUGUUAGCAGGAUUUGUAGCAAAAUGUAUAUAUUGGAAGAAAAACAUAUUUUAUAAGAGUUAUUUCUUUCACCUGUCAUUCAAUCAGCUCUAUGGCAUAAAUUUCUGUUACAGGGAGAGACACAGGCGAAGGUGUAUCCACCCCCAACCUGCAAAAAAAUGCAUCUUCACCUGUGUUUCUUUUAACCCCCCCACCCCCCUUUGAAUUUUUUGCUCAGUUUUGUAUUUUUUUUACCCCCUCUUUUGAUUGUCUUAUCCGCUUUGGUGUAUCUUAUCCCCCAUUUUUCCCUUUUGUGUGUCUUAUGUGUAUCUCUUUCUUCCUCCAAGCACCUUUGUGUAUAUUUUUACCAGUCUCCUAUCCCUCAGUUUGUCUUUUACCCUUAGCCCCUUUUGUAUGUCUCUUAGCCCAAGCCCCUUUGUCUUUUUCUACCUUUCCCCAGCCCUGCCUCUCUGUGUGUCUCUGCCCCCCAGCCACUUUAGGUUUCUCUCUUUUUUUUUGUUGUCAAUCUUUAUUUUUGAAGUGCAGAGUAAAGUACAUAAAACAUUACUGAUGUAUGACAUGACAGAUAUUGUACAUGCGAAAGAUAAGAAGUCAAGGUAUACUGCACUUUUUUUUUUAAAGAAAAAACAGGAGGAAUGCAUAAGCAAGAAUACAUGACGGAAUUAAUUACUUUAAGGAAAAAGCAAGACAAAGGCACAGAGUAAUGAUAAAACAGCUUUAAAGGAUCACUAUAGUGUCAGGAAAACAAAGUGGUUUUCCUGAUACUAUAGUGCCCUGAGGGUUCCCCCACCCUCAGGGUUCCCCUCCCGAGUGGAGCGUAAAUGCUUUCCUAUGGACGCUCUGUGCGAUGGAUGGGAAAUUCGCAUCCAGCGUCGAAGAUGCGCCUCUAGCGGCUAUACGGAAGACAGCCACUAGAGGCUAUGUUUAUAUCUGAAGAGUUAAAACCUGAGGGACCUGGCACCCUGACCACUUAAUUGAGCUGAAGUGGUCUAUGUGACUAUAGUGUCCCUUUAACUGAAUAGAUAUGCUAGCCUAUGUAGCAAGUUUUAAACCUUUCGAGAUGGUAGGCGCCUUUUAGGGUGGGCGAUCCUCCGCUUGUGUGGUAGAUUCCCGGAGGCUACGCCUCGGUGGGCUCUUGGCCUAGGUAGGCGGACUGUAGAGUGUUGUGGCACUUGUGUGGUGGCAAUGCCUUGAGGGUUUCCCCUCUGUCCAGGCAGCUCUCCCCUCUCGAUAACCUUCAAUCGCCCAGAUUGGGUUGCUUGUGCACGGGUCUGUAGCUUUAGCCAGAAGUCCUGGAAUAUCACAUUCAGCCUCUGCGGGAUAGAUUCCAAGGGGUCAUAGUGAGGUAUGAGUGGUGGAGGCAUGUUUCACUUGGGCAGUAUGACAGCCGCCAUCUUGGAUUCUCAGUUUGAGCGAUUUGAGCCCUGUGCAGGCGAUAUGGAUUGCUUGUGCCUUGCCUGACAGUCCUGACCGUGUUACUUCCUCCCCCAGCCCAUCUGUGUUUGUCUUUUUCACUCCCAAGACCCUUUAGUGUGUUUAUUGCUCUUCCACCCCCUAGCUUUGUACAUCCUCAGGCCCAGUGAGUACUUCCUGUCAAACCAGGUAUAGGAUACAGAAGAUCCUCUACCUGCACUUCUCUCGGCUACGCUACAUGUAGCGACCGGCAGGAGGGGAGUGCUCCUCCUGCCAGUCACCCGGCGAUUGUGUGUCUCUAAAUAGAUAACUUGAUAUUUCUUUUCUUUUUUAUUAGGGUUCUACAAUACCAAUAAACCAGGCUCGUCCAAACCGCAAUUUGACGUUUACUAAAAAGGAGCCACUUGGGUUAGUAAGUUUCUGUAAUAGAGAAUUCCCUCUUUGAUUCCUAGUGAUUAGUCACUGCUAAUGUUAAAACCCGCUGUCCUCUAUUUUCAGAGUCUGUGCUAUUGUCAUUCCUUGGAAUUACCCUCUGAUGAUGCUGGCUUGGAAAAGCGCAGCCUGUUUAGCUGCAGGAAACACGUUGGUUCUGAAACCGGCACAGGUACCUUUUAUUUAUUUAAAAUACAUAUUAAGGUGCUGUGCGCACACACACACACAAAAAAACUGUUUUAAAUUUGACAAGGACACUUAAUAUUACCUACCCUAGCAAACAAAUAUGGGGAUUCAGUUACACAAUAUGGCCAUAUUGUGUUAAGCCCACCACUACGUCACAGCACACAAAUAUCAAUGGGUCCUACACUAGUUUUAAUUUAGGAAAUUAACAUGCGAACUACAAUACUCACUGCUUCCAUAGGUAUUAAGAUGUGGGGAACAUAUUAUAGGCAAAACCAAGCAAUGAAAAGCCUUGCGUUCUUAAAGAAAUCUUAUAUUGCCUACUUCAGUGAGUAGAUAGCACAUACCCCAAUUUAAUAUUCUAUGUCAAGCCCUGUGAAGUUAUAAUCCACCUCCAAUUAAUGCCAGACUUUAACUAGAUUUCAAAAGUGUAUUUGAUUGGUUGUGUUUUUUUCCAAGGUAUAAUCUUUAUUUAUCUGCACUAAGCCUUGUUAAAUAAUCUCAGACCUAGGAGACAGCAAUUCAAAUUUUUAAGGAAAUCAUGUUUUUUAUCCCGUUUGUGACGGACCGCCUGGCACCCUGACCAGGUACCUCCGUCGAUCGCUGCUUCCUAGUAAUCCUUGAGUACCAUAAGUACCGCACCAGACACCAUAACCAUCGUAAACCCCACAAACUGCCGCAGCUUGGUUGGGGUAUCGCUGUCCUCCACCCAUGCUGGACCCAAGACCAGGAUCCAGCUUCCAGUGGGUAGACCUUUCCUAGUCCAGAGAUCAGAGCAGGCUGCUCUUACAAGAGCAAUCGUUAUAAUCCAAGGGAGUAUUGUGAUUAUAGCAAUCCCCAGAGUGAAUAUAGCUCUCCAAUCCACCAAACAUGAGCCUAGACUUCAUGAAGGGUGAAACAAAUCUGUUUAAUGGCAGCCACAACUGGCCUUAUAUGCAGGUCCCCAUGCAAGGGGAGAGUAGACUACAGUAAAAACAUACACAUGAUUACUUUGGCUCUCAGGUCCAGGACACUCCCAUACAAAAUAGGUCAAUCCCUCCCCUGUGCCAGCACAGUAUUAAACUCAAAUAUCUCCAGGCACAGAAAACAUACAUUUUUACAAAAAAACAAAAAUACCUUUUAAACACACAAAAUCCCCACAAACGUUACAUCCCCUGAUAGCCCCGAUCUGGGGGACCAACAUAUCCAAAAAUAACCCCGAUCGGUUCAGAAAUUUCCUGGAAGUCAUAAUUUGACCGACCGCACGCAUGGUCCCAUGCCAAAAAUAGUUCCAUAGAAUCGUGGCUAAGUGCCGCUGGGCACCGACCGGGAACCGCAAAGUCUUCAUGCCAAAAAUAGUUCCAAAGCAUUUGCGGCUAAGUCCCCCUGAAGUCUAUUUGCAGUUUUGGUCCAUGCGAACAGCCGCCAGGGAGCUAGCAUUCAGUACUAUGAGCAUGAAUGAAAAGUGCCGAACCAGAGAAACCAGAGGGAAUAAAAUAUGGGUCUUUACAGUUGCUGACCUGGCCCAUAGUCGGUGGGCAGGAGGCCAGCUUCCACACUCCUCCAGGGGUUCGUGGGAAACGUCUGGGAAAAGCGGCAUUUGUCACACGGUUCUAACCAUAUUAUGUCAUCCUUUGCAGUACAUUUAUUACCUAACUAGAUGCAUUAUUUAUUUUUGACAAUGUUUACAAAGUAUGACGUCAUACCAUGCCCUCUACAGAUGCAGAGAUUAUUAGAAAUUCCUGAAGUGUGUAUGUAGGAAUUUAAAGGAUUUGGUUUUGAACGCAUUUUGUAUAUCUCUUAGGUCACCCCUCUGACAGCUCUAAAGUUUGCAGAACUGGCAGUAAAAGCUGGUGUACCCAAGGGUGUGAUCAAUAUCCUGCCAGGAUCAGGUAAUGGGUGCUAUUUGGUACCACCACAUUCUAACCACAGACCUAUAUACAAUGUAAAAUAAUCGAUAAGGAAUGUAGGAUUGCUGUGUUUUUCAUUGCAAAGGUUAAUAUUUGGCAGCAUAUUCAGAUUAUUUCAUUAUUUAAUUAACUUUGGCACACAUCAGAGUAUUCCCUGUCAGAGUAUGCUUACUUUGCUGGGACUGUUAUAUUCAUUCAAUUUUUUUGGACUUGUGUAGGUGGUCUUGUAGGACAACGUCUGUCUGAACAUCCAGAUAUUCGCAAACUUGGUUUCACUGGUUCUACGCCAAUCGGUAAACAGAUCAUGAAAAGGUAUAUAGCAAUUAUGAUUGAUAUACAAUAUCCUGUUGCAUACUAAAAUCCAGUGUUGUGACAUGUUACUACUGUCAUAUUCUCGAACCCACAAUCCGGACGCACACCUGCAGGACUUCUUCAGGGCUGUCCUCCCUUAAGAAAUGCCCAAGCAUGCCACAUUUGAAUCUCACCAACUCUGCAGCCCUUUAAAAAUCUUUAAAAACACACUUCUUUAGAAAAGCCUAUUAUCUCACACCUUAACUCCUCAUCCAUGACAAGCUUGCUGCGUUAUCUUAUCUCCAAACCACUGUGCAUCUUCCUCGGAUAAAUUUUUAAUGAUUUAUUUUUCUAAAUAUUUAAAUAUCAAACAUAUAUUACGAAAAAUAUAUCUAUCUAUAUAUAGAUAUAUAUAUAUAUUUUACAAUUAUUAUUUUUAUAUGAAAUAAUAUUAAAUCAUUGGAUUAUAUUUUUAUUCAAAAAUAUAUCAUUUAAAAAUAUUAAAUUGAGUCCAUAAUGUGCAGUAAUGUGGAACACAAUGAGGGUUCAAAUAAUAUCUAUUCAGAUAAACAGCAACAUCCACUCCAAUUGCAUGCAGUCACUGGUAUUACACAUUAUUCUGACCUUAUUUACACCUAAUUUGAUUCACUGGCUCAAGCACACAGAGAAUGGUUUAUACUCAGUGAAAGGUAAUUGGACUGGAUUUUGUUUUCAGAGAUACAUUUAUCUUCGGUAAUUGAAAAACAUUUUCCUAUCAUUUGCAACAGCCGUUUAAUGAUAAAUUAUUGAUACAAUUUAUCCCAGAUAACACAUUCCAGUUUUGUGUUAGCAGAUAAACUCCAGGACAAACAAGCUUUGUAGGCACUCACUACACAAAUCCAGUUAAAAGGAUACUAUAGUGCCAGGAAUACAAUGCUGCCUCUCCCCCUCCGGUGAAUAAAGGGUAAAAAAAACGUUAUUUGCUUACCUGAUCCCAGUCGCCGAUGUCCCUCUGCGUAGGGUCGACGCUCCGCCACCUCUGACUUCCUGUGAUGAGCAGGCGCUAAUGCGCAGCAGGCACUGGAGGCAGAUUUAGAGCUGCAAUGUAACAUUGCAGUUUCUUUGGAACUUCAAUGUUUAACAUUGCAGCACUAAGUGCAAAAGGGACACCGCACCAUUGAAGUGGUCUGGCUGCCAAUGGUGUACCAUUAAACAAUGCAUUGCUUUUCAGUGUUGUCAAAAUAAAUUUUUCAUAAUUUUUUUACAAAAUUAUAGUUUUUUCUAUAAUGAUCCCUACAGUGUGUUGUACUAAAUUCUGCAACUAUUUAAAACUACUAUAGCCCUCGUACCCCAAUCAAAACGUUAAAUAAGGCUUGGACUCCCCAUUAUCACCACUAAUCAUGGAGAAUUGAUAUAUGUUUUUCUUGUACCCUCUACCCUCAUUGCUUCCUGCCCCUGUCCCAAAUGAUGGAAAUGGAUUUUGAAACUUCCAUUAUCGUAGCUGUUCUUACCUCCUGGUCCAUCCUUCCCCUUCCUGUGGAUUUUGAUGAAUUAACCCGGGGAUGUUAAAUCCCACCCAUCUCUUAUUGUACUCAUUUUAAAAUAAAUGCCAGUGGAUACCCAGUCCCCUGGUUCUCUAACUAACUCAACCCCUGUAUGGGAUAUAGUAUGCCAAAAUGUUAUUGCUUCACUUCACUGUAAGCUGUUUCUGUUUUUAUAAAGCUGUGCUGUCAGCAAUCUGAAAAAGGUUUCUUUGGAACUUGGUGGAAAAUCUCCUCUUAUCAUCUUUAAUGACUGCGACCUUGACAAAGCAGUUAGAAUGGUAAGAUCUCUUUAACAGAUCUACACACACAGUAUAGAUGGAAUAAUGACAGCAAUUACAAACAUGGCGUAUAAUAUAUCAUAAAAAAGAAUUGGUUGUAAAGACAUAGCCAUUGCAUUAUUCUGCUGAGCAUUGCACUGGCUAUGCUCUCUUCCAUCAAAAUGUUUAGAAAUGUAGGACUUAAUACUCUUUGUAUAAUCACACAGAUUUUAUAGGAUUUUGUGGCAAUCACACUGUUGAAUAAUUCUGUACUCUGCCUUUGUGUUUUUACAUUCAAGAUGCAUUAUCUUGCACUUAUCCACAUUAAAUGUCAGUUGCCACAAUUCUGACCAUUUUUCUAGUUUACCUAAAUCAUUUGCCAUUUGGCUUAUCCCUCCUGGAACAUCAACCCUGUUACAUAUCUUAGUAUCAUCAGCAAAAAGACAUACCUUACCAUCAAGACCUUCUGCAAUAUCACUAAUAAAAAUAUUAAAGAGAAUGGGUCCAAGUACAGAUCUCUGAGGUUCCCCCACUAGUGACAAGACCAUGCUUUGAAUAUACUCCAUUGACUAUAACCCUCUGUUGCCUGUCACUCAGCCAUUGCCUUACCCAUUCAACAAUAUUGGAAUCCACACUUAAAGAUUGCAGUUUAUUGAUAAGCUUUCUAUGUGCAACAGUGUCAAAAGCCUUACUGACAGCAAUGUGUACAGGUCUAUGUGGUUGCUAUCCAAAACAUUAGAGGUAGACCAGUUAUCAUGGAAUUCAAUGGAAUAAAUAAGAGCACUUUUUAGAUUUCCAUGGUCAUUGCAGUGGUUUUACAGAAUUGCCCCACUUUUCAUGUAAAGAGACAAUGAGAACCGAUUGAGGCUAAAAGAGGCAGAGAUGCAUUGGAACACUCAAUUCUUGAGUCUGUACAAUGACCCAACAAAUAUAAUUUAGGAUUUUUUAUUUCUUAUUUUAAGUCUGCAGCACUUACUAGAUGCUAAGAGAGAAAUAUUAAUGUAUCACACAGCCAUAAUUCACCUCUUUGACCCGUGUUUGUCCAACAUGCAGGGUAUGGGAGCUGUGUUCUUCAACAAAGGCGAGAAUUGCAUUGCCGCUGGCAGACUUUUUGUCGAGGAAUCCAUACAUGAUGAAUUUGUGAGACGAGUGGUAAGUUCUCUGUUAAGAAAAUUCAGAAUGUUCAUUUACUUUACAGCAAGACGUAAAACACAUAUAGGUACACAGAGAGAUAUAAGAACAUGUUGUUGUCUAGAUCAACAGUCAAGCAAUUACACUUUACAGAAGACUCAUCUCUACUUUGCAGUAAUUGGGCUCCAAAGUGUAACAAACGACAUGAAUUAGAAAGGAAUUUAACAGAAUACUGAUAUUGGAUAAUAGUCCCUGAAAAGUUAAAAGUAAAAAAAAAAAAAAAAAAUGUAAUUCUCUAAACCUGUAGAUAGAUCAUAAUGAGUCAACCCUGUUCACAUUUAUACUAAUUCAUACUAUGGCAACAUGCAAUUUCUGAUUAACUAAAAAUUAGUCAAAAAUGGAAAACGUUAAGUUACUGUAAGCCUCCAAGCAAAAAACCCAGUACGCCAUGAAAGAAAACGAACACUGGCUGACAGUGACUCUAAACUGCAGUGAAUUAAAAAACAAACAGAAAAACAUGGUAACAAAAAAUAUAAAAUUUAGACGAAAAUAGAUGAUUUUUUUUUUUCCAACUUAGCUCUCAUCACAGCCUGGCCAUUUAACCUCUUCCACCUACAGAUAAAACUGAGGAAAUAAUAAAUGGAUUCCAUUCCAGUAUGCAUUACACUUUGUAAAAAUCACUGAUAGUAUAUGUAUGUGAAUGAAACCAGAAUGUCCUUUUUGCUUGAACACCACUGUAAGUUUGUGGAAAAUAACACCUAACAGGAGUUCGUUUAAAGCUGGCACAUUCUCACCGCUCCAGGAGGUUCUGAGAAAUUAUAAGGCGCACAUGUGAUCAAGUGCUAUUUAUACACAGUAAAUUGGCAGUGAUUUAGAAUCGUCAUAACCAUGAAAUUCCCAUCUGGAGAUUUUUUUAUUUUUCGUUUUUACUACUAUAAUGAUAAUGCAUUUUUAAAAUACAUUUUAUUGCAGAAACUUAAUCUUUUUGGGAAGCUUAGUAUUGAGGAGUCAUUUUUCUCCUCAGUAGAUACUUCAAAACCCACGUGGAGAAUGAAUGAGAUGACAUUUAAAGCUAGUUUUAUUAAUAGUAUAAAGUCACAAACCAUAUGUAGCUCAAGGAAGCGAACGCUCGCUUGGCAUCGAGAAAUGCCAUUAGAGUAGUAAUACUAUCUUCUUGUUCCUUUAUAAGUUACCUUAAAAAUCUUUUUUUUUUUUUUGAAUGUCUAUCAUUUGUGGUUAAUUAUUUUUGAUAGGUGCCUGGAAUUAGCUAAGCAACCCAUUCAUCCACAAUAUUGUAAUAUUAAAUGUCCAGAAGUUUUUAUAAUUUCAAAUUUAAGGCAAAUACAGGUAAACGGAAUAAAAACAACUCUGUUUUUAGUUUUGGUUUGGAUAUAUUAUACUCAUGUGUGACAUGUUCUUUGCAUUCAGUUUUAAAGGGACACUGUAGUCACCCAGACCACUUCAGUUCAUUGAAAUAGUCUGGGCGCAGUAUCCCUUUUGCACUUAGUGCUGCAAUGUAAAACAUUGCAGAUCCAUAGAAACUGCAAUGUUUGCAUUGCAUCUCUUAGUCUGCCCUCAGUGGCUGUCUCCCAGACAGCCACUAGAGGGCUUCCUGAAUUUAAACGGACUUUUGCUCUGGUAUCUGACGCUGGACAUCCUCAUGCUCUGCAUGAAGACACCCAGCGUCAGAUUUUUCCCCGUAGAAAAGCAUUGAAUUAAGGAGGUCUAAUGUGCCAGCUGCAUUUUCCAGGCAUGUGCAUUUGAAGGGGGUGGAGCGUCGACUCAGCGCAUAGUGACAUCAUCGCUGCAGCAAGAUAAGUAAAUAAAGGGACUGGGAAGGCAGGGGGAGCGGUAGUUCCAAGAAUACAGCUUUUUUUUCCCUGCCACUACAGUAUUCCAUUAAUGACAAUUCACAUAUUAGUAAAUAAUAAUUUUAUUUAAAACCCUAAUUGUGUUUUAUAUGAUGCUCUGGUGAAGUUGUUAAAUCGGCACUGUUACAAUCUGAGAGUUUUUCCUAAUUUGCAAAAAAGACCCUCAAUGGUGACAUUGCCUCUGGGGGUUUGGUGGCCGGGGGUGGCAAAAGAUUUGUUCUACUUACGCGAACCUGUCCCUUGCGGGCACCACCAUCUUUUUUUUGGUGGGUCCCUUUUCAGCCAAUGUCACUGCUGUCCUCUCUCGCACACGCAUGCGAGGUCUAUGGAGGAUCCUGCAAGACCGCAGGAUACCCCAAAAAGAAUAGCCAAUUCCCUGCAGCCGUCAUUGGUGAAUUGGGGAACUGACAAUUCUUGACGGCGGUAGUGUCUAGAAGUGUCAGGUGUAGGAGAAAUACUGAGACAAAGUCAGUUACCCUGUUUGUAACAUAAAACUACAACAUCCAGGUUGGUUUUCAAUAUAAAUUUUACAACCUCCGAAUUCUAAAGUUGGCAGUUCAUGUUAACCCUACUGGUUGGUUGGGUGGUUGAUUGAAUGAUUGAUUAGCAGUUCCUUUAUAAAUGAAAGUAAGCAGCAUUAUAAUAUCUGUUUUUUUCCAAGGUAAAUAUGACUAAUGACUUGCAGACAUGCAUAAUGCGUACUGGAAUGGAAUCCACUUAUUAUAUCCUCAGUUUUAUCUGUAGGUGGAAGAGAUUAAGAAGAUGAGGAUUGGUGAUCCUUUGGAGAGGUCUACAGACCACGGGCCACAGAACCACAGAGCCCACUUGGAAAAACUGCUGGAAUAUUGUGAAACUGGAGUGAAAGAAGGGGCCACACUGGUGUAUGGGGCCAAACAAGUACCUCGACCAGGUAUCCUUGCAUUAUCCCACUGCUUAGUUAUAGUUAAACCAGUGUCCAUGAAUAUGCGGUAUUAUAUACUACGAAGCAGCAUCUCGUUGAGCUCCAUGUUAUUUCCACACUGUUUCAGCACUCAGUGUGCCAUAAGUCCCACCAUUGCAGCUAUAUAGAGCCACAGAAACUGUACCCUGCCUGGCUGAGAAUAAUGGUAACUGCAGUCCUCAUUCGUUAAUAAAUGUAUACAAUAUGAGUAUACAAUUUACACCACAACAAAAUAACAUACAAAAUAUAUACAGGGAAUACGCUGUUUCUGAAACACAAAUAUACUUAACUUAGUGUAAUACAGUAUAUAAAUAGGCACCAAAUCUAUUGAACUCACAAGAUUUAGAAGUUAUGAAUCAGCAUAAAACAUCUCUCCUUUAAACUAGGAAUCGCAAAUAACAGAGCAUGAAAAUUCUUUUGAUUUGGCUAUAUUGUCCUAAAUAAUGCAAUUCUACUAUCAAUUCUCUACAAAUCCAAAUGUAUUAAUAAACACCUAAUAGAUUUCAGGAAAAACUUUCAAUGGUGAUAAAAGCACAGAAAGUUGUUUGUCAGUGUGUGUUCUCGAUACUCUUUGUAGACAACGUAGGAUCUCAGACUCUCUCUUCCUUUAACCCCUUAAGGACACAUGACAUGUGUGACAUGUCAUGAUUCCCUUUUAUUCCAGAAGUUUGGUCCUUAAGGGGUUAAAAAAACUGAUUACUCUCACAGUGAUUCUGAAUAAACCAAUGCUGCUUUUUAAAGUGUAAACAGGAGGCGGAUAUGUAUAUGUGACCUUCACCCAGAGAGCAAGGUGUGUGUGACACAGAGGGGCAGCGUAUAGGAGAACGUGUUAGCCAGAGAGCAGGGGAUCUAAUGUGAUUCUGUGACAUUAAGCCAGGCAGUAUUCUAUACGAGUAACAUUCAGACAGUGUAUGUUAAUAAUGCAAAGCCAGCGAACAAAGGAGAAAUAUCUGUGUCACUUUCAGCCAGAGUGCAGUGUGGGAACAUAAAGCAGUGAAAAUAGAUGGGGUAAGCAAUGUGCAGCCAAGAAAGCCAUGUGCAUGGGCGAAAUUCAGUCACUGAGCACUUAGCAAUACGUUCUUGGCCAGUAGCCAUUAAUGAUCUCACUGCAAACUGUGCAAUUUAACUUCCACAGGAUUCUUUAUGGAACCAACCGUAUUCACCAAUGUUGAAGAUCACAUGUAUCUUGCAGAAGAAGAGUCCUUCGGUCCCAUAAUGGUUAUUUCAAAGUUUAAAGAUGGGUAUGUUACAGUAAAAUCAUCUUUGUGGUUCAGCCAGCAAGUAGGCCCAUAGCUGUUUUAAAACGACAUGUCCCAUGAUGCUUUGCUAAACGUUGGAAGCGUUUAUCUGCUAUACAAUUGCUUUAGAUUUAGUCAUUUGCUGUACCCUGGAUUUUCUUUCUGAUUUUUGAAGACAUUUUCUCCUUUAAUAUAAAAACAUUGUAAAUCUAUUUGUACAAAAAAAAUAUUUUGAGCAUUGAAAAGACAAUUUGCAAACCAUAAACAUUAAAAACUUGGCUAUAGUUGAAAAUGAGAGAAAUCUCAAUGUAUCCUUCCUGGUAAGAUAUUUUAUAAAUAAAUAAAUGUAUUUUCAUAUUUAAAAAACUGAAUUUUAACUAUAUCCAUGAUAGCUGUGGCUAGCCUACAAUAUUAUUGUGUAUAUACUGUCAUCUGGUGGCCAGGCAAGAUAUUACACACACAAAAAAUAUAUGCUUGUAUUUUUGUUGUUUGCCCAUUCCCCUACAUUAUUUACUGUUAAAUGUUUAAGUGCAACUUUUGCUAAAAAGGCUGAUUGACGUUUUAUAUAGUGCUUUUUAAGGGGUUACUCCAAGAACCAUGACCAGUUAAGUUAUUUGAAGUGGUCAUGGUGCCUGGAGUCUGUCUCUAUGCGCUAGCUUUCACUAUGAAAUGCUGCACAUACAGAAUUUAACCCCUUUGCCGCCGCUGGUGUAACUCUACCUCUGGCAGCAUCCAUUGGGGCAUGAUUAGCUAGCCCGGAACAAGAGUUCAGGGCUGGCUUAUGUGAAUUCUGUGCAUAUUAGUGUCUGACGUCAGCACGUAUCCCUCCCAUGCUGCCCAUGUCCUGUCCUCUCCUACAUCCCUCCCCUGCCAGCAAGGGGCUGGAGGAAUGGAGGUAUGGAGGUAAAUUGUAGAUUUUUUAAAAAAAAAUUUAAAUGUUGGGGGUGUUGUAGAAUUAUUAGGCCUCUAUAAAUUUGUAAGGCCCCUUUAAAUCCUCUUGCUAUACCUCUAAGAGGCCCCCAUAGUUUUACAAGGAAGCUUUGUCUAUAGAACAUAGAAUUUGCAUGUCAGCAAGAAAUAGCUUUGAUAAAAUGUGUAUUUACUAAAAUCCUUGAAACUUAACCUUGAGAAACUAACAAGUGCCAGCUACGCUCCAAAUGGAUAGCUGCCAAAAGGCCCCUCCCGUCGAGUGAGCUCCUCAUUUUAACAAGAUGGCGCUAAAACCUGUAGGAGUUAAGAAAUUACGUAGAUAGUGACCUAAGAAUGGGGAGGGCAUUUUACUAACAUCUUAGCACCUAAGCCAAUUAACAAUGUCUAUUUGUCUAUAUCUUGAUUUUCUUCAAUGAUGUAAUAAUGCCUUUAUAAGGGUCUGCGCACCCAUUUUCUGGCAGAAGCCAUUAAACUUCUCUGAAGUUCUUUCAUUACCCUGAACCUUGUGUCUCAGUGUGAAUUUACUUCUGCGUGCACGCAACUUUAUUAUCUUUAAUUUGGACAGGAACAGAUAGUCAUUCAAACUAAUUGGUUUGCAGUAAAUUAUCUAGAACAAGGGGACCAGGAUAGGAAAAGAUACUCUAACAGAAAACUGUGUCAAGUGUUUGUCAAAUAUUGUUUCUGUAAUUACCAAGAACAAACUUGGUAGAAAUGAUAAAUUACAGUGACAAACCGCAAAACAUCCUAUAACUCAAUUAUCAGGCCCUGUUCAGGUCUGUUACCUUUUAUCGAGGACUCAUUCAGGAUCUGUGCACUUUUUACCUACUGCCAGUUUAAAGCUAAAAUAUGGUCUUUGUUCCAGAGCAGUCAAUAAACGCACUAGAAAGGAUUCCAUACACUCACUAUUCAUUUUACUAAAGGUCCCUCUGAGUUCAGUUUAAUGGGGAUUCAGGCAUGCAUUGCAGCUCGGUGGGAAUUGGGAAGAUUCAAUUUUAGUUCAUGUUGAGAAGCUCUGGUACUCUCAGACACCUUGGGGUAGAUUUCAAAUUGUUUCCAACAGAAAGGUACAAAAGCUCAAAGGGUGGACCAGUAACAAUGGAAACAAAUGCAAUCAGAAGGAACAUUACAAUUGGUUUCCACGGCAACUGCUAAAACAUUUGACCUUAAGUUUGAAAUUAAUUUUGAAUUCAAACUUUAGUAAAGUACCAGCAUACGUUUUGGCUAAUUUGGCCCUAAAUUUGAAAUUCACUUUCAAUUCCUUUGAAGAACCCUGACAAUUUAACAAAUGACUUAGUGACGUCUCAUGUGUUUGCUCAAUCAGCUUAUAGUUUAGUUUGCCCUCUUAGCUUGUCCUUUUAGGCACCGGAUCCCCUCGCUAUGCAGAUUUAUGACAUGUGUCAGAUGACUGUUUUCAGCCAAUUGCACAAAAUGGAUGCUGUGUUGCACACACUGACUCCAGGCACCAUGACAACCUCAAAUCACUUUUGUGGUCAUGUUGUUUGAAAUUAUCCUUAAAAUAAAUACAUUUCAGACCUACAAAUGUUCAAUAAAUUCUUACAAGUCAUGGAUGUAACUCAUUUACUUCACUACAUUGAAAUAUGCAAAUAUUGCUGUUCGUGACAGACCUAUUUUUGUUUGAAGCUCAACAUGUUGAUAUUAUUUUAUGCAGAGACAUCGAUGGAGUGUUGGAACGAGCCAAUAGAACAGAAUAUGGACUAGCAUCCGGCGUCUUUACACGAGACAUAAGUAAGGCCAUGUAUAUCAGCGACAAACUUGAUGCUGGAACGGUUUUUAUUAACACCUACAACAAGACAGAUGUUGCUGCGCCGUUUGGAGGCUUCAAACAAUCUGGAUUUGGCAAAGACUUAGGUAAUUAUAUAGAAUAUUUAUGGGGUUUAUUUAUAAAGAGCAAAUUUAAGGUAGGAUUAUAAAGUGGAACAAUUAGGAAUUACAUUCAGUUUCCAUGGUGACUGCUCACUUGCAGAGAUUUGGCUCACAAUUGCUCUUUGCAUAUCUCCUUCAAUGACUAGUGAUGCGUCAGUCAAUAUAUCUAAUACUCCACUUCUAGAGCUAAAAUGUAAAAUACUCUGUCCAAGACUACUGCAUCUGGCAAAUUGUCUGUAUGUCACUUUCAGGGCUAUUACCUAAAAUGUGAAUUGAGAGCAACUGACAAGAAUUUUUUAGUUUUAGGACAAAAUAGUCCUAAAGUGGGAAAUAAUAGAGAAAAUUUAUAACAAACUUACUGUAAUUUUCUUUUCCUGGCUAUUUCUCAUGGUAGCAUCACUUAUGGGUAGCUCCUCCCUUAACAGUCACAGGACAGGAAUUAAUUAGACUGAUGGGUAUAAAGAGUCCCUCCUACCCCUACACCACAGUCCAAUUAUAAAGCUGAAAAUUAAAAGAAAGGGCUGGAACCCUGAUGCUGCCAUGAGAAAUAGCCAGGAAAAGAAAAUAACGGUAAAUUUGUUAUAAAUUUUCUCUAUUCCUGGCUAAUCAUGGCAGCAUCACUUAUGAGUAAUACCCAUGCUCACAGAAUUAUAGGGUGGGAAUAAUAAACCUAGAAAAGACACUGAACAGACUUUUAUGCUGCAAAGAAAUGUAAUAUCAACGGGAUAAAUAAACCGUAGACAGGACACUCUUCCCAAAGGAGGUGGAAGGAGAGUCCACAUCCAGUUUGUAGUGUUUCAAGAACGUCAUCGGGGAAGACCAGGUGGCUGCCCUGCAAAUAUCAUCGUAUGGAACCUCUGCCCAAUUAGCCCAUGAAGUCGACAAUGCUCCAGUAGAAUGAGUUCUUAUCUUCAUUGGAGGAGAUCGACCUUUAGAGAUAUAUGCUUUCCUGAUUACCAGUGAAAUCCAACGUUUUAAUGUAGAUAAAGAAGCCGCCUCACCUCUCCUGGUUCCCGACGGUAAAACGAAGAGUUAGUCAGUUUUUCGGUAAGACUCAGAACACUUAAGGUAUAUGGACAGGCAGUUCAUGACAUCCAAACGUUGCCAUCUAACCUCCUCUGGCGAAGAAGGAUUGGGGUAGAACGAUGGAAGGACCACUUCUUGAGAGAGAUGAAACUGAGAGACCACUUUAGGAAGAAACUCAGGUUUUGGUUUCAGACACACCCUAUCCUGAUACAAUUGUAAACAAGAAGAUAAGGUAGAAAAUGCUUUAAUCUCCGAAAUUCUUCUUGUGGAAGUAAUUGCCACCAAAAACAAAGUUUUAUACGUCAGGAGGGUAGCAUCCAAACUCUCAAGUUUCUCUCUGAACCAUAAGAGUGCUGAGGCUAAGGCCCUUAUCCAGACCCAAUUGCAGGAACUCCAAGAUCUCAGUAUUGUGAGGAUGCAGGAAGUCAACAUUUUUGGCCGAAGCACAUUCCCGGAACACAUCCCAGAUCCUAUGGUAGCAUAGCAUGGUAGAAGUUUUCCUUGAUUGCAAAAGGGUAUUGACCACUGCUUCUGAGAGACCUAGUAGUUGAAGUCUUUCUUUUUCAAGACCCAUAUCCCCAAUUUGAGGCGUUCCAGAUGAGGAUGAAAUAUUGGGCCCUGCGUUAGCAGAUCCUCCGUAGCAGGAAGAGGCCAAGGCUGUUCUUGGCUCAUCAUAGCCAAUAGGGGGAACCACGGCCUCCGAGGCCAAAUCGGAAUUAUGGCAAUAACCUUCUUGCCUUCCGACCAAACCUUCCGCAGGAACCUGGGUAUCAUGGGUAGGGGAGGGAACGCAGAUCGAAUGACCAAGGAAGAGAGAGAGCAUCCUGGCCCAUUGCCUGACUGUCCGGGUGGAGGGAGAAGUAAUUCUCUACCUGAUGAUUCUGGGAGGACGCCACCAGGUCGAUCUGGGGUAUGCCCCACCAAUGGGCAAUCCAUGCAAAGACUGCCGGGUGAAGUUUCCAUUCUCCCGGAAGAGUUUCCAUCCUGCUGAGGAAGUCUGCGGUCACGUUCUCCGAACCUGGAAGAUCGCCUUCAGACCCUGGAGAUUGGUCAUGGCGAUUGUCAUCAAGGGAGCUAGCUCCGUCAAGAGCAAUCUGCUUCUUGUGCCACCUUGGUUGUUCACAUAUGAAGAAACCGCUCGGUUGUCUGUUUUGAUCAGUACCCAAGAAUUUAUGAUCCUUGGUAGGAACACCAAGAUGGCCUUGGAAAACGCUCUCAGUUCUCUUAGAUUUGAGUGUAGCUGACUCUCUUCUCGGGUCCAUUUCCCUUGAGUCCAUGUGGAAUUGAAGUGGGCAUCCCAUCCAAAAGAACUGGCAUCUGUUGUAGUAACCUUCCAAGGAGGUUCCUCCAACGGGAAGCCUGCUGCCAAAUUCUUCUUGUUCUUCCACCAGUUCUACCCAUUCCUCACGGGCAGGGGUAGAGAGAUCCUUUGCUCCCAAUCUGAUCCCACUCUGUCGAACUGGAGAAGGAAGCAAUUCUGGAACGGACGAAACUUCCACCGGGCCCAUUUUAGUAACCCUACAGUUGAUGUCAAAGAACCCAGGAGACUCGUGACUUCUCUUGCAGAGGCAGUCUCGAGCCCUUGUAGCUUCCCUACUUUGUCUCUGAUUUUUGUGACCCUUUCCGGAGACAGGAACUCAUGGGCAGAUACAGUGUUUAUCACUGCUCCGAGGAAUACGAUCGUCUGAGAAGGAAUCAGGGAGCUUUUUUCCACGUUCAGAAGCCAACCGUGGUCUUGAAGGAUGUUCAUAGCCACCAACGUGUGAUGAGCUACUAUCCUUUGAGAUGGACCUAUGAUAAUGAUGUCGUCCAAGUAAUGGAAGAUCUCGAUACCUUUUUCCCUUAUGAAGGCCAUCAAAGUAACAAGAACUUUCAAAAAUGUUCUUGGCGCCAAGCUGAGGCAAAAAGGUAGUCCCCGCGGAACUGAAAGUGCCUUCCUAGCGCCCAGAACCUGAGAAACUGCGUAUGAUCUCGGUUUACAGGGAUUUGGUAGUAGGCGUCCCUCAAGUCUAUGGAGGUCAUCCAGUCUCCUCUUUUGAUGCUCUUCAAGAUGGUCUGUAAAGAUUCCAUUUUGAAUGUUCUUACAUCUAGCAUGGAGUUCACACCCUUCAAGUUCAAGAUGAGACGCCACUUUCCCUGGGGUUUUGGGGCCAAGAACACUGUGGAGUAAACCCCCAGGAAUCUUUCCUGUCUUGGAACUUCUUCCACCACUUCCUGUUCCAGGAGAGUAGAAAUGCAGGUCCUCAUGGCCCUUCGUUUGAUGCCUACAGACACCUUGGAUUUCUUGAAGAAAGCGGAUUUUGGGCAAGAGGAAAAUACUAUCCUGUAACCCUCUUUUAUGAUGGAUGUGAUCCACGCGUCCGUAAUAGUUUUGGCCCACACGGGGUAGAAGAACUUCAGUCUUCCUCCCACAGUCCCCGAACGGGCCUGAAGACCUUCAGAAGGUCUUCCCAGAAGUUCUAGCUCCUCUUCCUCUGGAAGCCUUAUUGGAAGAAAAGUGUGAGAAGGAUUUCCAUGAAGAAUUUCUGGAAUACUCCCUUCCUGGUUUAUAGCUUCUGCUGUCAAAAAAGGACCGAUCCUUGAAGCGCUUAGUCUUCCAGGAGGAGGGAAAGCUCUUUCUGCUUACUUUAGGUAAAAAUGCUUUUUUCCCCAUCAGCAGCUUUUUGAAUAGCCUCCUUCAGAAUCUUACCAAAUAGGAAAUCCCCUUGGAAGGGAAGGCCACACAAGGAUACCUUUGAGGCAUAGUCCGCUCCCCACGAAUGAAGCCCAUAAGGCCCUUCUAGAAGCCACAGACAAGGCAAUACUCUUGGCAAUCAUGCGAGUGAUGUCUACGGAGGCUUCUGAACAGAAUUCCGUGGCAAGUCUUAAGGCUCUCCAAGAGAUGUUCCCUACGGACACCCCGAUCAAUGUCCUCCUCCAAAUUAGCGAGCCACACUCUUAAGGCUCUGGAGAGAGUGGUCAGUGCCACUGCCGGAUGAAGGGCGGAGCCCAGGGCCAAGUAGGCUUUAAUCAAAUCUCCAUCCAUACGCUUUUCCAUAGGCUCCCUGAGAUAUGCCAUGGAGUCAAUAGGCAGCGUAGUUUUCUUUGCCAUAUGAAUUACAGCAGCGUCAAUCUUAGGAACUGAAUUCCAUAGGUAGCAGUCCACGGCAGAGAAAGGAUAAAUCCUUGUGAAUUUAUUUUUCAAGGUGGAUUUCAUUUCUGGCUUAUUCCAUUCUAGAAGGAUCAUGUCCCUGAUCGAGGAAUGCACUGGGAAGGUACGUCUAUUCGGUUUUAGGUCCUCAAAGAACCUGUCAGCCUCUCUCAAUUCAGACUUUUCUUCCGUGAGACUAAGAGUGUCUCUGAGAAGGGUAAUAAGUCUAUCAAUAGACUUUGAGUCAAGGGACCUGGAGGUAUAUUCAACUUCCUCCUCACCAUCAUCUGAGACCUCCCACACAUCAGGGUCUUCUCCAGAGCUGGAAGACUGAGGUUCCGCUCUGCGUCUCUUACUUGGACCACUAGACACCAUGGUAGACUUAAAGCCCUUAGCAAUAACUUGGGAAAUCCAGAGCUUAAGGUCGUCCUGUGGGGAACCCCUACUGGGGACAUCUGCCGCUUCCCUGCAAAGGUUCCUUCCAUGCGGAGCAGGUGACGAACAAUUAAUGCCUUUAUUGGUCUUUUCCCUUGAUUUCCUUGCUGGAGAAUCCAGAUGCUUGCUGGGGUUGAAAUAAAGCUAAAUAUGACAUAUUACAGGCUUAGUUUGGCACUCAUUUAACAACCCCCCCAUUAAAAAAUUAAUGGCUCACCUAUGUUUUCUAGAGAGAGGGAUCUUGCAGAGGCAGAGGGAGAAUCCAUACUACAAAGGAGAAUUAAAGGGAAUUCAAAACACAAUUCCCAAUAAAAAAGCCAGAGGCAAACUGACAAGCAAAAAACCCUCAAACAAGAAACACAGAAGAACUGGUAAUCCUACCUUGUAAUGACAGUAAAAACCUCCAGGCAGCCAAGAAAUAACAGCAAAGGACGAACUGCAGAAAAACCAGGACCGCAAUCGCCUUAACAGCUGAUGCAGUGCACAGGCAGAGUCUGUAUCAUCAAGUGUAUAUAUAGAGCCGGGGAAAACGUCCGGUCCGCGCAUGCGCAGACCGCUGGAAUGCACUGUAUGCGGUCCAAAUGCUCGCGGCCGAUGCAAAUCACUUCUGGGUUCAGCCGCGAUUACAAUAUCGACUGCUGGAACGCAUACCGCGUUCCAGCCAACAACGCUGGUACCCCCAGGAAGCCACAGUAAGUCGGCGAAGUGCCCCCACAGCUGCAGGAAACACACUGCCCGCCAAGAACCCAGGAGACACCCCAGGGAACCACCUGAAAACCAGACAAAGAAAAAAACACUACAGGUCUGUGCAGGGUCUCCCCAAAGGAGGACCCCCUAGUAUGGAUUCCAAAGAACUGCCAUCAAGGUAUGGGGGGGAUUAAAGACCCCAAUUACUAGGGGCAAUCCAAUAAUAAGGGGAAUUUUUAAGGAUAACCAACCCCAUUAAUAAACAGUGUCUCCCUCAGAACACCUUCCAUCUAAGUCCCACGCUGAAGUUCAGUACUUACACUGAACCUGACCCAGUUAGUCCUGCUCAUGCAGGCUGUUUACUGGAUCCUUCAAAUGAAGAGAGGCUGAACUUCAUUUGGAACGAACCCAUGACAAACACAGGAAGGUGGCCAUAAAAUAAAAUGUAAAAAGUCCUGUAGAACUUGCUAAGGACAGGAAAAAAGACUGAGUAAGGGGAGGAGGGACUCUUUAUACCCAUCAGUCGAAUUAAUCUAAUUAAUUCCUGUCCUGUGACUGCUAAGGGAGGCAUGAUUAGCUAGGAAAGUGAGUAUUUUUCCAACCAACAAAUUUGAAUUCACUGGUCAUUUGCACCAAAACUGUGAACCCCCAAAUAAUCAAUGGAUCUACAGAGACAUUCCAAAACAGUUGAAUUUGAAAAAUGAUCCAAGUCCGCUGCUUUGAGCCCAGAUAUCGUGGUCUUAAAUGGACACUGUAGGCACCCAGACCACUUCAGCUCAUUGAAGGGGUUUGGGUGCUGUGUCCCUUUUGCACCUCAUGCUGCAAUGUAAAAUGUUUCCAUUGCAGCACUAAAUCUGCCCUCAGUGGCUGUCUAACAGGCAGCCACUGGGUGCGCUUCCAGAAUACAAACGGACUUUUGGUCCGUUAUAUGACGCUGGAAGUCCUCACGCUCUGCAUGAGGACCUCCAGAGUUCGAUUUUCCUCAUAGUAAAGCAUUGGUUAAAUGCUUUCCAAAGGGGAGGUCUAAUGCAUGCGCAUUAGACCCCGCUCGUCAUGAGACAUUGGCACUGGGAUAAGGUAAGCAAAUAAAGGGUCUUUAACACUUUAUUUACCAUGGGGGGAGGCAGAGGAAUCAGUAGUGCCAGGAAUAUAGUAUCCCUUUAAAUUUGAAAUCACUUAGAAUUUAAGUUUGAAAUUGUCAGGCUUAGUGCGUAACUCUGUGUGAAUUUCAAAUAUUUAUCUUGCAAUAUUGUUUUACCUCAGGUGAAGAGGCGCUCCAUGAAUACCUCAGAACAAAGGCCGUCACAGUGGAAUAUUAAUGUGAAUCACUACCCAGGCUGUCUAUCUGGGACUUUUCAUCGAUGCCCAGUAUUACAGAAAACUACUACACCCACGCAGAGGUGCAUACGCACAAUUUGUACAAGCUAAAAUUUACCUGGACAGAAACAUUAAAUGGAAACCAAUAAAUGGAGUAAAUGUAUUUAGAUUUGAGGCAAAGAUAUAGCAGAACAGGUCUGGUCACUUAUUUCCUCCCUGUCAAAGGAAAUCAUGAAAAAUUAGUAGAAACUGCAUUGCAAUAUUUGUUGUUCUGCAGGUAUAGUGUGGGGCUUGUGAAAGUAAUUUAACUUACUUCGUAGGUAUAUCAUGCAACACAUAACCGUUACAAUUGGAUUUUCAGAUCAGAUAGAUCUAGCUACUUCGUCCUCAUAACACCCUUGAGAGUCAAGCCAUCGACAAUAAAAUAAAAAUCUCCCUGACGAUUUGUCUGUUACCGGCAUUGGACAUACCUCUCUACCUUAUAUCUUCUGCCUGAAAGAUCAUCUAAAGGUUUUGGUGGAAAAGGAGUCAACACACUCUUCAUAUUGACAUUACAUUGAAAAUAAUUAUUCCCUAGUAUAAAAACGAGAUGGCACGCAGAUAUGCGGCCUUUGUUAAAUCAUCUUACUUCCAAGGUUUGCAAUAAAACAUGCACAAACAAGGGUUCUUGGUAGGAGGAGACUCAAUGCAAAAGGUUUGGGUGGUUUUUAAGCUUCCAUUUCUAGACUUUCUACAUCAUAAAAUGCAUUUUAAGAUUAAAAUUAUGUGUAAUGAAAAUUAAAAACCAGUGGAGUGCUUAUUUCUCUUUAAAGUGCAAAUUAUCUAUGCAUACCAGUGCACAAUAUAGUGACACUUAACUUUGUAUUCCAAUUUGAAAUACGUCAGUCUUUUUAUCUUUAAAUACAUAUAAAGUGCAUGUAGUGUAAAACCUUAAACAACCACAAAUGAGUGCUAAUGGAACACUCACAUGAUAUAGAGCUAUGGAACCUAGCUCUCGUGUGAAGGGCCCGUUGGUUCGUUAUGGGUGACCACGCCCCUCUUCAGUGAAGUAGCUUCAAUUAUUCUCAGAGUUUCUCAGGAUAAGGAAGAUAGGCAAUAUAGUGAAGUUCGACUUGACAGAAAUUAAAAGGUGCUUGUACUUAUAUUACAAGUGUAGAGCAUGUAACCUUGCUCCGUAAAAAGCCGUAGCAUAGUUUGGGACUACGGUCCCUUCUAUAUGAAUGCAGGAAUCCAGAAUGGUAUUGUAAAAACAAUAAAAGUAAAGAUACACCAGAAAAUGUUAGAAACGCGUUUUGCAGUUUUCCUGCCUUUUUCAGUCUGCUGAUGUGGCUCCUAAAACUAUGUACCUGGAAUAGCUGACUCACACCGACUUUAUUUGAUGAUUGUUAAUAUUUUUAAUUCACAGUAUGUGAUUAGCAACAAGCCUUAUGUCUGUUUAUCUGUCCUUAAUUAAUCAAUUAACCAUGAAUAACUAUUCAUCCUUAUUUGAAAUAUUGCAAGGUAUAAUGUUUUACAGCCUAUACACCACUCCAUGUCUAAUAAUUCUACAAAACAAGUUCAUAAGUCAGAACAAAUAUGAAUUUUGUAAUAUAUUAAUAAAAAUGGUUUAAUACCCUGCUCAUUGGUAAGGAAUAUGCUGGUAUUUUGGGAUUGUAGACUACCCCGCUGUUAUUACAAAAGAAAUGCAGGAUACAAAUAGAAGAGAAUAUAACAAAGCAGUAAACGCAUGAUUCCAAGGCAUUAAAUAACUAGUGUUCCUAUAAUUUUAACUUUUUUUUAUUUUUAGAAACUGCAACGUUUACUUUGAAAAGUUAGAUCCACCUCUAGCAGCUGUCUACCUUAGAGCCAAUACUCUACAGACUCUGCUAUGACAUGGAAACUUGCAUGCAAACCAGGUCCACAAUGCUCCUGGGGAGUAUUGGAUUGGCCAUCAGUAGAGGAGGCAAUGCCUCAACGUUGAGAGGAGAGGUGAGCAGUGCUGAGGAAGUCUCCGCACUGGAAUAAGAGGGGUAAAUCCCUGUACUUUACUAUUUUUUAUGAAAAAAUCCCUGUACUCACACCUAGAGACAGGGCCACUACAACUUUCGCAAUACAGGUAUGUAUUUCGAAUGCAAAUCCAAAUAGGCCCCACUGAGAUUACCUAGAAAGUGAAGCAAGGAAACUGGUAAAUUUAGCUAUGGUUGGGGCCAUAAUGCCAGACAUUAAAGGAUAGAGCAAUAACAUUUUCUGGAUAGGAAAAUCUGUCUUUUUUGAAGUUAAACCAUGAGAGAGCAGAGGUACUAAAUGUGUGUUGACAAGUUGACAGCACCCACAGCAUGAUCCCACCAUAAUCACUGCAACAACAUUAGAGUACUCAUUUAAAUUGAGGUUCUUGUGUAAUACAGAGGGUGGAGGGAAAAUUAGCCUUAAGACAAAUACAUAGCUAACCAAUUACUUAUUGAGGAGUUUGUUAGUGGUUUUGGUCUCCGAGCUGCAGCAUAUUUAUUCAAAGACCCAUGCAACAGUAGGAAAUAAUCUGUACUUUUAUAUUUUUUUCCAAGAAUAAUAAAAGCAGACAGUUUUACUUUAAAGGGACAAUCUAAGCACCAAAACAACCUUUUCUGAAUAAAGUGGCAUAUAGCUAUUACCAUUGCCGUCUCACUGCUCAAUUCUUUGCCAUUUAGGAUAUAAAUCACUUUGUUCAUGCAACCCUAGCCACACCUCCCCUGGGUGAGACACACACAGCCUCCCUAAACACUUCCUGUGAAAUAGAUCUAAUUUACAAAUUUAUUUUCUGUGUUUGAUUAAAGCAGUUACCAUUAAAUGUAAACAUACUGUGCUGUCACAUCUGAUUGAAAAUGAAAAACAUUUAAAAAAAAUUAAAAAAAAUAAAUUCAUGUUGGAAGUGUAAAAGUGGCUUGGGCUGUAUAAACAGAAACAAACAUGAUUAAACGUCUAAAUGGCAGAUAACUGAGCAGUGAGGCUGCAGAGGCAUAAUCUAUACACAAACUGCUUCAUUAAGCUAAAGAUAUAUUGAUGCCUACAGUAUCCUUUUGAGGCUUACACAUUUAUUUUUUAAUAACAUGUACCUUGAUGAACUUUUCAAGGCUUCUUACAAGAUAAUGUAUCACCGUCUAAAAUUUGUUUUUUUCCCCAAGCAUCUUUCUAGAUACCAGGCAUACUGAACUGUUACACUUUGUACAUAUCUAGUAUAAAAAUCAUUAAUGUAUAUAUAAAUGCCCAAACACCUUUGUUGAACGAGGUGUGAACUUUAAUAACUUUUUUUUAAAUAUACUUUUAUAAAAAGCAUGCAGAGAUCUCUGUCCCCAAAUGACAAUACCUUGAAAAACAAAACUUUUAAGUACAAAUUGUAGAAAGAUUAUUACAGUAAUUUCAGAAUAUUGGAACAAUAUGAGAUCCCCCUUACAUGUUUCCUCUAGUUCUCUCUAUGUAGUUAUUGAAUUAUUCUGUCUUCCAAACUGGACCAUUCGCCAACAAAUUCAUAUUCUGCUACACUGGGAUUGCAAAUUAGCCACUGUGAACUGCAGAAUUCUGUUACAGUAAUGGAGCGGAUGUGCUCCUGUACAGUAAGUAAGCCUGAUGAGCAGAACUUUAAAUCAGUUUUCCAAGACUUCAAUGUUGCCCUUUUUCACUUUUUUUGUUAAUCUGAUGUUCUCUUCAGUCACUUCUUCAGAGACAUCACUGUCUGAGCUGCUCGCCGCCUCUCCAUCGCUGGUAUCAGAAUCAUCAAGUUCUACUACUGAUACAUUCUGUAAAAUAAAGACAUACUUUAAUUACACUUCUCU